AUGAAGGAUGCUGAGGAGGAUAGGUGGCACUAGUUCUGCUCAGUACAUCAAUGGCAGCCAUCUGUUUGUGUACCAGUAUCAAACACAUGUCAGUUUGUGAGUUUGAUUGAACAUCCUCCUGAGAUAUUCAGCCUGGGCCGGAGUUAAAGGUCUCUUACAAACAUGAGACAAGCAAUUGUUGUCUGUACAGCCACAUUGGUUCUCUGUAUACGGUUUGUCUGAACAUCGGUUCUCGUUGAUGAACCGUGACAAAACAUAGCAGCAUAGGGAAGAAGUCACUGGAGAGAAUACAGGGGAAUAUCCUGAAGUUGUGUUCAGGACACAGUGUGCUCUUGAUAAGCUGUUAGUUAUAAAUGACCACCUGCAGCCAUUUGGUUUCCUCACAAGGCACCUCUUCAGAGUAGCACUCCUUCACCUCAUAACCAGACCAUUAUGAACACUUUAACUAUCCAACGAGAGAAAAUAAAAUAAAAUGUAAAGUCAACAGUGGGAAAUACCACAGGAAAACCAAAAUGAUAUGACAACAGCGGAUACAGCAGCGGUUGAAAGAUGACUUAUGGGAAGAGCGGAAGGGUCUCUGAAAUCUAACUCUGUGAAAUGCCACUUUUCUGUUCAACAUCACUCCCUGGUUAGCUUUUUAUUGCGACCUGUUUUCGUUGGCCUUUGCUCCAGUCAUAUAGUCUUCUGUGGCUAACCGUAUUAUAGAGGGGAAUAGUAAUGCUUUCCCAGUUUACUUUAAAAGCCACUCAAUAUGAAACAGUGGUAUCAGAGGCCUCUGUGGACUUUCUAUGAGGUAGUGCUAGAUGUCUAUAUCGUAGGCCCUUGAAUGGUUCCAUACAUCUACAUGUAUUCUUAGUGCAUUCAUUGGUGACUCCUCUAAAUGGAAAAUCAACCAAUCCGAUGGGCAGGAAAGCUGAUAGACUGACGGACUAUGUUCCAUAAUCAAAGAGGUGUCACUGGUCAUGGAAGCAGGGGGUCUUCAUUUUCUGUAGAGACUCAUUCUCAGGACUAACAGUGAGAUCACAUUGAGUCUUGAGAGAGUUUGCACCAUCACCAUCAAAGCGAUUCAGCGAUUCUCAUUGAGGGCUUGUGUAAGGCUCCGAAACAGCUUGUAUUCUUUUUAGUUUGAUAGAGAACCUUUGUGUGUCUGGAGAGGAGUGGGACUUUUAGCUGUCCAUUCAUUCCAGGUGAAAGUCAGUCAGAAUGAAAUGUGUGUUAGUAAAUCUACAUCCAGCACCUACUGCAUGUACUGUUCUAUAUGGCUGCUAAUAUCCCUUUUCCUCACCCUCAGCCACCAAUUCUCUUGUCACUCAUUCAAUACUGCUUCAGUAAAGUAAAGCACUUCAUAUUUUCCCAAGCAACUCCCAAUGACUUUAUGUUGGAGUAUAGAAUAUGGGACUGUGCCAUCAUCAAACUGUGUCUUGGAGUUAUUUCACUUCAUGUGUUUGUUCAAGGCAAAGGGUUGAGACUAUAAAGUUAUGCUGUGCAUAGUAAUGUGAGCCUGAUGAGAAGGUGGAGAGUGCUUCAGUGUCCUCGUAGGAGGUUUGUGAGAUGUUUUACAGUUGGUUUGCAUGCUCAGAUAAGUAUUAUAACAUUAUAUGACACAUAUUAAACGAUGAGAAGGAGAGAACCUCCAUUUGAAUUCCAACGGCCGGUUUCCCAGAGACAGAACAAGCCUAGUCCUGGACUAAAACUGAUUUUAAAGGAGAAUCUCAGUUGAGAACGCUUUUUAGUUCUAGGCUUAAUCUGUGUCUGGGAUUCCAGCCCCAAAUGUACUUCUCCCAGUUUGUGAAUUAGUCCCGGAAUAAACAAAAUUCAACACAGAGAACAAGGCCUACUUUAUGUUGAUGUUCCAGAUGUUAAUCUGAAGGUUUUAGUAGUAAAUUGGUUGGUUAGAAUCACAGGAGGUUGGUGGCACAUUAAUUGGGGAGAACGGGCUCGUGGUAAUGACUGGAGCGGAAUCAGUGGAAUGGUAACAAAUACGCCAAACACAUGGUUUCCAGGUGUUUGAUGCCAUUCCAUUUGUGCCGUUCCGGCCUUUAUUAUGAGCUGUCCUCCCCUUAGCAGCCACCUGUGGUUAGGAUAGUACCAAUAGCCAUUCCUGUGUCACAAUAAUAUCUGUACACUGAUGUGGCUGCCUGUGUAAACCACUUUUAGGGAUUUGAUGACAUGAAUGAUGUCAUCAUGAAUCUGGUAUGAGUUGCUCCUAUAUUUAACACAUCCAGCCAUGUCACUUACAACACAUGGCCAAUAAUCCCUCAGCCCACACAAGGAUACAAUCAGAUACUAAUAAAUCAUAUGUCUCCUAGUCUAUGCCCGACAACAUGUUCCUGUGUGAGUUGACACAGAUUAACCUUAAACCCCAAUCAAAGGUCCAAGAAAGCUACAUUUAUGAUUUGGUUUUCCUGUGUGAUUAGGCCUGGAUGCUUAAUAAAACUUGGUAGAAUGGCCACUCUCCACAUAUAGGGCAAACAAAUAGACCUCUAUUGAGUUUGUGUGAGAAAUCAGAAAUCUCUUCUACUGAAACAGGUGCGACGUGUUAGCCUUAACGUCCUCUUACAGUGACUGGAAAAUAUCUUGACUUGGCAAAAAUCAUUUAAUGUGGAACACAGUCGUGCUAAGUAAGAACAAGUGCCCCUUAGAUCGUUGCUCCCCUCCUCCAGCCUCAAUUAAACGACCGUACUUUGUCAGGAUCCUGUCAACAGUAGUUAAGAGAGCCAUGGCUUUGGUUGCGUAACCAUAUCCUCUCAGUCCUGGCUCGCAGGUUGAAAUUAAAGACCCAAGGAAUCAUUCCUGCACUAGGCUACACAAUGUCCUGACUCCAUCUAUAAAAAGGUAUUACUUUAAUGUAUCAGUAGUUAUGGAUAUGUCGAGAAUAUAGUCUGCAUAGAAAAAAAAUGGGCCUACUUCAAUAUAGUGUUUUAAAAAGGUAUACUUUCAACAGGCGGAAACUGAAUCAAAGAAGAGAGCAUAUUGUGCUGUACAUGUAGCGUGCUUAUUUCCCAUAUUCAUACUUUCAUAUUGUUAAAAAACGAUUUUACAGGCUCCCGAGUGGCGCAGUGGUCUAAGGCACUGCAUCACAGUGUCACUACAGACCUGGGUUCAAUCCCAGGAUGUAUCGCAGCCAGCUGCGACAGGGAGACCCAUGAGGCGGUGCACAAUUGUCCGGGAUAGGGGAGGGUUUGGCCGGCCGGGAUGUCCUUGUCCCAUUGCGCUCUAGUGACUCCUUGUGGCGGGCCAGAUUCAUGCAUGCUGACUUUGGUCACCAGUUGUACGGUGUUUCCUCCAACACAUUGGUGCUUCUGGGUUAAGUGAGCAGCGCGGCUUGGCAGGGUUGUGUUUCGGAGGACGCAUUGCUCUUGACCUUUACCUCUCCCAAGUCUGUACGGGAGUUGCAGCGAUGGGACAAGACUGUAACUACCAAUUGGAUAUCACGAAAAAGGGGUAAAAAAUAUAGAUUUAGAUUUUACAAGUUGCAAUAUAAAGGGUAAUCUUACAGUCAGAUCCAAUGAAUUCAAAACUGCUCCAGGAAGAGCACAUGUGAAAUAUGGCCUAGCAUUCUUCAUUGCAAAGCCUUCUGGGAAAUGAGCUAACAAGUCAAGCUCCCAUUUGGAUUACACAAAAAUGCACAGAAGGACUUGUGAAACAACACAAACUUGGUAGCUAAUAUCCCACAAUUAUUUCCAGUUCUGUUUGGCUGAUGAUACUGAUUACCUACUGGAAACUAUUAUUGAUGACUGACAGGCAAAUAUCUGUUGUGAUCUUUGGAAUCUUCCUGAUGACGGGUAAUGCAUUCUGAAUGUGAAAUAUGUACAUUCACAACAAUAUUACUGAGUUUUAGUAUGGAUAUUUGGUCCUCAUGGUUUGCCACUGUAAUCCUUCACUGUAGGCCAUGUAUUAUAUACCCAGAUAUGGACUUUAACAAACGUUAAUUAUGAAGUGGAAAACGACCUCAAUGUCCAGAUGUUGCUAGACUUGGUUUGAAACGGACUACAUGUUCUUUGGUUUUGAAAACAAACACAAUCCUGUGAAAAAUGAAUUGUUAUUGGUAAUCAUAUUUUCUUUCCCUCGUUUCAUAUAAACGCUUUAGUUCUCCUGAUUGAUUUAUUUGCCAUGAGCUUUGAUUGUUCUGAUUGGCCCAUUGGCCCGUGCUCUGCCCUUCGCAGCUCAAAGCGUUGUCUGUAUAUUUUUCCUGUUCACGUUUAUUUGCAUUAAUCACCUCCGACUGAAGCCCGGAGGCAGAUCCUAAAACCAGAGAACAACCUCAGAUUAAUCAGACUUCUGGGAAAACAAACGGAUCAAUCUGAAAGUCCUCCAGAAACCACUUGGAGAUGAUCAUCUGUCUUGUAGUUCCUUUUUUGUGUGCUGUCUCAGCUGAGGUUCUACAUUGAGCCUAACAGAUGUAGAAGUCAUUUCAUAUCAAUUGUUUGGAUUAUUCUAACAGUGAUCUAACGAGGCAUAUAUUUUUUCACAAUAUCUUAAGGUAUAUUUUUGUUGUUGAUGUCCUUAUUGGCCUCUUCUGAUAUCGUUUUUCAUGUCACCAGAACGCCUCUGGUAAGAGUAUCUAUCUGGAUAACAAGGCGGUUCAUGCCAAUUUCUACAGCUGUGCUCACCCAUUACGCCAGGAACAUCAGGGAUAAACCAGACUUACAAAAGCUCAUUUAUUUUCAAUUGCGUGUUUCCAUGUUUAUUUAAUCCUGAAGAACCCAUCACGUUAGACCAGGUUGUGGCUUACGCCCACUAGCAGUCUGUCCUAGCUCUGGAAAUAUGGCACCUAUUUGUCUACAUUGGGUAUGAUUUUGACAAAUGUGUCUCUCUCUGGUAUCACUGGCAUGCCUACAUGACACGUAUAAUCGGCAGGAAUUUUUAUGUACUGUCAAAAUGUUUAGUAGAUUCGACAGCCAAGAAUCCAUUGUGCCUAUUGAAACAAACUACACAACAGCCAACUUCAAUGCUGUGUCCAUUGAUGGUUUACCAUACAAGAAUCAAUCCUGAUAUGUACAUUUUAGUCAUUUAGCAGACACUCUUAACCAGAGCGACAUAUACAGUAGUGAGUGCAAAUAUUUUCAUAUUUUGUUUGUUCUGGUCCCCCAUGGGAAUCAAACCCACAACCCUGGCAUUGCAAGUGCCAUGCUCUACCAACUGAGCCACACGGGACCAUAGCCUGUUAAUCAUCUGAAGUGUUCCAAAAUGUCAUACAUAAGGACAUUUACUACAGGGUCUUUGUUGUGAGACUUAUCUGAAUUAAUAUGCUAACAGCUCAACAGACUUUUAUUUUUUUCCAAAAGUAUAAAAGAAUAACUGAAUACAUUUGCAGGAUUUCUACGAUUUGUCCGAUGCUAACAUUUUUGAAGCAGAGUGACGCAUUGAAUCUGUCAUUACUUUGUAUUUCAUGAACUUUGGCUUAACACUUAACAGUAUUAGAUAGGUGUGGUCACUAAAGUAUAAAUAUCUUCCAGUAAAUCUACCAUUUCCUAUCCAUGUCUUUUAGAUUUUGCUUAGCCGGAGAUUCUCAGAAUGUGUUAUUAUUCAAAUGUUGGAAUAUCAGUUCUUAGAAAGAAAUCUUGAGUAUAAAUAAAAUCAUUACAUAAAAACCUGUCAUCUAGGCUUGGAAUGAUUUACAGGAAAGUCUGACUUUGACAAAUCCUCACGUCAUGAACAGCCGCAUGCUCUAUCUUAAUACACAACUCAGCACAAAUGUUCAAACAGAGUCUUUGUUACACACUGCUGUUAUACCGUUCAAUGUAACCGUUGUGAAUUAACACAAGACCUUACUGGCUAAACCCUACUGGGUUUGCCUCAUUCAGCUUUUUAUCAGCAUUCAUCAUUUUGGGUUCCUGGUAACUUUGGAGUUUUCAUAACCAUUCAUCCAAGAGAUUAUGUAACGACGGACGUCAGAAAGUGGGACAUUGUUCGUCAGAAACUUGUUAAAUGGUUCAGCACAAUGAACGGCUGCCCAGUGUCUGUUUUACAACUUGAGGCUAUGAUGUUCUCAGUAACUUUCCUACUGUGUUCUUAGACAUAUGAGAAAACAUUCCAAUCACAACCCCCAUCUCUCGAUUCCCCAUCCCACACAAUAGCAGGCAGGCCAGGUGUCUUGUCUUCAGCCGACCGUGCAUGGCAAUGGAUGAGCGUGAAGGUUUAAAAUCAGGAGUGAAACAUGAAGCCAUCUCACGUUUCUAAUAAAUGCCACUAUAUAAUAUAAUAAUAUGCCAUUUAGCAGACGCUUUUAUCCAAAAUGACUUACAGUCAUGUGUGCAUACAUUUUUACGUAUGGGUGGUCCCGGGGAUCGAACCCACUACCCUGGCGUUACAAGGCGCCAUGCUCUACCAAUUGAGCUACACUACCCUGACAUGAACUGGGACAGGGAGGAGUCUUUGUUUACUGGUAGGUUGAGUCAAGGUGGAUUUAUGGGUAAGACGUGCUGCUCUGAGAGUAGCCUCGCCUUGUGUUGCCUACAGAUCACAGGUGAGGCCGCUCUUAAUGGUGCAGCACUCCAUCCUGCAUGGUGCUUCCUCUCAGGCAACAUUCCAUACAUCACUGUUUCAAUGGUGCUGCCAUGAUGCUUGCUCCUAAUGUGGCUUCCUCGUACUGUUAGUCUUCAAACUCACUGCCAACACAGGUUGAUAAAAAUAAAAAGGGGUCUGGAUUCCUGCCUCAUCCACGGGCAACCGCGUGAUGAAAGGAUGACAAGGUUUGCAAGUUUACGACGUGACGGUGUCCAGUACCAUAUGCAGAAUGGAGAGCUGCUCUGAUAUUUCCUUCAUGUGUUGUCUAAUAAUGUUGCCAGCGAGGCCAAAGUUCACGGGUGGAUACUUCAAUGACUGAAUCUCUGCAACCUGUUGAAAAACGACCCCAUUUGUUUCUCCGAGUGUUGACGCGAGACAUGCUUUUCUUGCCACAAACUUUUACUACCUAACAUUUAGAAGAUAACACAAUAACUCAGGGUUGGACUUCAUCCGUAUCGCCGAAGUAUUGCGUAAGAUCUGCGUUAUAGCUUGAUUUUAAAGGCAAUGUUCCCGUGUUCACGGAGACUGCAUUAACGGCAAACUCUGCACAUGUCGGCUCAAUCGGAAAUUACGUUUAAAUUUGAAUGCAAAUCUUCUGUGAUACGGAUUGAAUCCAGCCCUUAGUCCUCCUGCAGUCGCCCACGAAUGAACUGAGAAGAUUGUACUGAGGGAUGGAAAAUAUCAAAUGAUUUUCUCCUCCAACUCGCCAAUCUUGAGACUAUCCAACUGGGGGAAUUGACAUGGUGUGCCGUUAUAAGGGCUGGCCCAUCUGGGCCACAUCUGCAACCGUUUUCCAAAUCACUAAACCUGCUGACCGAAAAAAAGGCUAAAACUUUCUAAUUGUAUAUAUUUUUUAUCCAUUUUGCUGGUUCACGAGCCAUAUUUCCAUCGGAAUGAAGGUAAUCCAUCUUGAGAAUCACUAUGUAAAAGUUCGUAAAUCUCUGUGUUGAUGGCCGUCACCUUGGUCUGCCAAUGUCAGGGGCAUGAGGCCAGGGUAGAACCCAGACCUCCAUAUGGCCAGAGAAAGUAGGACGCUGACGGAGGACGAGUGCAGUGCACAUCUGCUUCCAUUGGGCUAUGAUGGUGUUAGAUAUGCUGGUGUGGUGCGAUAGUGUUGAGCGGGGGAGCUUCUCCAUUAACCCUGGGGAAAGGAGGACAAGCUAAGCCUUUAGGGUCUUUACAGGAAAUAAAACUCCUCAUUGGUUUUCUCUUCAACUCCCCAGCAAGCGGAGGACAACAAACAUGUGGGCCAUCUCCUCGGCCAUAUGACUUUCAUUGCUGAGUGGGAUGUCCAGGGCAUUUAGAUGUGAUAAAACAAUGGAAGAGGAACAACUGAUCUUGAUUACUGAAGCAGAACGAGGAAGAACUUCUGACCCAUAUAACACAAUGCUCCACCCAAGAGUAGUAGAAACAGAGGCUCCCCAUCCCAUGCUAAUAGUUAAGGCGGGCUGAUCUACGGGUCCUGCAGGAUCUGGUUGUAGCUCCCUCCACCGGAGACGGUCUGUCUCCCUGUGGCCCAUUAACCACUGUGGGUUUAACAAGAGACUAGAGAUGGAAGACACGGAGCAGAGACAUGGAGAGAGCAGCCAACGCAUGGCAAUCCAUUUACUCCUCAUAUUCAUCAAGUUGAGAUAUAGAACUUCUCAUGUGGUGUUUGGGAAGUUAUUGAGGCCAUGGGUGAACACUAAACAUCUGUGGAUUGGAGGCCCAGUUUCAGUAUAUAGUAACAGUGAGUGAACUCCAGAGAUGACUAAUUCAACAUGGCUAGAUAGGAUACAGUUUAUGUCAAAUUGACUUCUAAAGUUGAAAUAUUUUGCAUUUUAGCUAACCCUAAAGGCGUCAGCAUGCUUCAGUUCAGUUGGCGGCUUGUUAGUCUUACCUGUGAGGGCAGCAGAGGUGUUGGAGCCGGCAGCAAGCAUUUUGAUUGGUCCAUGUGAACUGAAGAAGUCCACCAAUUGGAAGGCUGUCUUCUCCUCAUUGCCUCCCAGACCUAGCUGACCUUCGUUGUUUCCCCGGGAGAGUACACGUUUCCCCGAGCUGUGGACAGGACACACACAUUAGGCUAAACGCGUCAGCAUGCUUCAGUUAGGCUGAAAACUCUCAUACUCCCUUAAAAGACCUUCCCUUGAAAAACUAGAAAAAAGUGGUAAUAGUACUGUUUGUCCAUUUUGAGACGCCGUAGCCAGUAUACACUUCCUCAAAAUAGUCAGAAUAAAUCUAAGAAAGUUUUUUUGCCGAAGAGAUCUUAGUCUUGCAAUUAUACAUCUAACUUAGAUGUGCAGUAUUUUUCAAUAGAAAAUGUGCAUGAAAAUGAGUCGUACCUCGUUGAAUGACAACAAAGACUUUAUUGAAUAAUUCCUACUGUUGACCAAUCCAAAACAAACAAAAACGUCACAAAAUGUUGCCAUAAUAUAUGCACAAACUCUUCCGAACUGUUUCGGCUGGAAAGAUGCCGGACCCAUUACGAAAGAGAUUGCAGUCAGAGUGCAGUAUAACUGCAGUAUGCUGCAAAUACCGAAGUCCAAAAUAACACAGUUUUUUUUACUGCAGUAAUUUUGCAGUGUAACUGCAGUUAGAGUGCAGUAUAACUGCAGUUCAACUGCAGUACACUGCGAUUAUUCUGCAAUCACUGCGUCCAAAAUACCACAGUUGACUGCAGUUACUGCACUUUUACUGCAGUUUCAAAACUGCAAUCCUUUUUUGUAAGGGACGCCUUAACCCUAAACCUUUUUCUAACCUGUUACGUUAAUUAUCCUAACCUGCUGCAUAAGUUCCCCUACCUGCUACACAAAGUCAAUUCUGGUCAAUUCUGACAUAAACUGUAUCCCAUCUAGUCAAAACCACAAAUCGUGGAUGAUCGAACUUCUCAGGUCAAAGUACAGAUAGGCGUAAUGAUGAUGAAUUGAACCUUGAACGGAGGUUAAUCACCAGUAGCAGAUGCAUAAACUCUACACUCCGCAGGCUGGCGUGUGUUGCUGAGGGAUUUUUUAGUGGGGUGUCUUCAACACUGGAGUGUUUGAACUGGGGGUCGUGGCUUGACGAAGCCCAGGUGGCCCUUCAUUUCGUUGCAGAGGAUUGAGAUUGGAAAGGACCAGGGAAGGAAACACAGCAAGAAAACAUCAACAGCACCAGUGACAAACUUUGGAAACAGGAGGAAGCCAUCAUGAGCAACAAAGUACUUUCCUGAUGGGGGGGGGGGUUGUGAAAGAUUACUGAGUCACCUGAGCAAAUCUGAAUAGAUUUGGAAUUGUAGAGGUUUAUCUCUGUCUGUGUCCAUUAGUAUUGUUUAUAAUUGAGAAAACUGUAAAUUUUUCUGUAAAUGUAUUUGUUUUGCUCCUCUUGAACACAGAUAGGGGUAAUAUAACUUGUUGUAUUCUUAUUUUCUGUCUUCCCAAACUUUCAUCCAGUGACAAAGAUGUGAGAAAGUACAUGCUUAGCCUGCAGAGUUGUGCAGCCAGGCUACACGUUUACCUGGGAACCCAUUCAGGGCAUUAUGGAAAAGUGCCCUCUCUCUCUCUCCCUCCCUCUCUCCCUCUAUCCCUCCCUCUCUCCCUCCCUCUCUCUCUCUCUCUCCCUCCCUCUCUCUCUCUCUCCCUCCCUCCCUCCCUACUCUGCCCAGACAUGGGUGAGGGAGACAAAGGGGCCAUUGUAAGGCAGAGGAGAAAAUGAUUUUCUUUCUAAAUAGACUAGAGAAUAGAAAAUAGGUUUUUAUUUUAUGUUGAGCAACCUUGUCAGUGGAUUGGAGAGCGAUCUAGCCUCUCCAGUGGUUUCAUCACUCAUCAUGGUGAUAUGGUGCAGGUGCUGCCACCACUCUGCACCACUGAGACUGGGAUGCUUUGGCAGAAGAAACGCUUCAAUUGGUUUAAGAGACUCCCCAUUCACAACAAUAACGGCUCCUAUCAAUUUGAGCCUGUGGGAACUGGUCCUCAGAUUCCCAGAAGGAUAAUGUUUUGGGGUUUUCUUUGUGGUCAGAUUCAGUUAGAUACUGUAUGGGCAUGUACGUACACAGACGUGCUGUUUUUUAUGAAUCAAGCUGUGGCCAUUAAAAUCUUUGUUCAAAGGUCUAAUUGAGCUCUAUUAAGCAAAAUAACAACAACAAAACAAUCAGGGUUUUAUUAUCUGAAGCCAGUAAACACCUAUGUUUUUCUCAAAAAUGUCAAGUGAUGCUUGAUAUUCAGAUCUCAAUGUGCAGAACAAUAAGUUCAAUCAACUCAUGAGCUUUAUUAGCAGUCACAUGUUUAUAGUGACGGUGAUCUACCCCUACAGGAAGUGCACAAACACAAGAACGAUCUGUACUUUACUGUCAGAGUUAAACAUUAAUGGGUCACUCAACCACUGAGUCAUUGUCCUAAUUAGCAGAACAAUGUAAGAGCCAUGUGCUCUGAGGUAAAACUGUUUCUGGUUACUGGGGCCAAACUUUCUGAUUACAGUGUGUCCAGACCUUGCCCUAAUUAGUCCAAGCCGUUGUCACUACUGAACACUCUGCUCUGGUUCUCUUUUGAUGUGGUAUCAUUUCACUUUAACUGGAUCGGGCGUGGAGCCAGCCUGGCCCCCUGGUCAGGCAAAAACAACAUGUUUGUUUGCAGUCAAGAGGAUGAAAAAGGACCCUGAAGUUUCACAACUGUACAGGACUUGGGCAGGGGCGGACUGGACAUCUGGCAUCUCGGGCAAAUGCCAGGUGGGCUGGUCCAUUUUUAGCCUAGUGGGCCAGUCUAACUUUUUUUGGCGCAGAAUGAUCACUGUCUGGCUAAUAAUGGUGGCCUCAAGGAAGAAAUGGGCUGUUGUGGGGGCCGCCAGGAAAAAAAUGGUCCGGUGUGGGGGCCACAAGGAAAAAAGUGAGCCGGUGUGUUAGAAAUGCCGGGGCUGAUUUUUGGUUCCAGUCCGCCACUCAGCUUGGGUGUUGACUUUGGUUACCUGCAUGUCAAUGCUUGUUGGUCACUGUGUCUCUGGCAGGAAUGGUCCAACGAGUACGAGGGGUUAAUGUGUUUCCCAAGUUUCAACAUUUAAUUUUUUCCCUUAACAGCCCUUCUUUUUUUUAAAAGUCAGAAUACAUGUGUGUUUUGGUUUCUGUUAUUCAUACUUCUGGUGGUCAGUCAGUCACCCAUUAAUUUGUCCAUUGCAUAAAAUCUGGAUUUGGUGAUUUAGUGGAGUGCAGCAUGAAUCAUGAAUACGCCUUUAUUCAGUUCCUGUGGGAUGGAGCAGGCAGGCACUCUGUCUGGAACAACUGUCAGUCUGUAUCCUGUCGCAUGCGAUAGCACGUGUGGGUUGGAUGGGACUCCUACCAUAAUCAGCUGGAAGGAAGUGUGUGGACACACCCCCAUUCCCUCCAUCCCCUCCUCCUCCUCUCCUCCGUACCAACCCCACUCAUACCCCCUCUAUCCUAGGGGCUCCAGUUCUUGGCGGGAGAGCAUGGUCACUGCCUCCCAAAGAGCUCCAGUGGAGGUUGGAUUUCGAGACCCGAUGACGCUGCUCCACUCGUGUUAGUUGUGCUCAGAAAGAAUGUACUGUUGUGUAGUGUGUUCCAAAAGCAAAGUGCUUAAAAACAUGGUACUGGUUAGUCUGCACUGUGUGCACAUGUUGGGCAGAAGUGGAGAUGGGAGUGUGUCAUACAAACUACACUGCAUGAGUUUAACUUUACUCCCAAGGCCAUAGGUUAGGAUGGAGUGAGGGUGCCACUCCUGUUCUCCCCCUGUGCCCCCCCCCCCCCCCCCCCUGUUUUGCCAACCACAUUGGCACCUCCUGGCAUCUACAUCACAAUAUCAGUUGAGUUGAACAAAGGAUAAAAAAAAAAAAUCACACAAAGGAGGAGGAGAAGGGGGGGAGGAGGAGGAGGAGGAAGGAGGAGGAGGAGGAGGAGGAGGAGGAGGGGAGGAGGAGGAGGAAGGGGAGGAGGAGGAGGAGGAGGAGGAGGAGAGGAGGAGAAGGGAGGAGGAGGAGGUGGAGAAGGGGGGAGGAGGAGGAGGAGGAGGGGGGGGAGGAGGGGAGGAGGAGGAGGAGGAGAAGAGGAGGGAAAGGAGGAAGGGGAGGAGAAGGGAAGAGAGAGGAGAGAGAGGAGGAGGAAGGGGAAGAAGGAGGAGGAGUAUGGGGGGAGGAGGAGGAGGAGGAGGGGUGGAGGAGGAGUAGGAGGAGGGGAGGAGGAGGAGGGGAGGAGGAGGAGGAAGGGGAGGUGGAGGAGGAGGGGAAAACCGGGUGGGUGAUGCAAAAAAGGAGGGAGGGAAAAAUAGAGGGAAACAUUUCAGUGAGAUUCCAGGCAUUUAGCCACCACCCUCCCCACCCACCCAAGAAUAGGGUGUGUGGUGUGUGGGGUUGUGGUUGUGACAUCGGAAGUCCCCUCCCACCCCCACCCUUCUCCUAUCCUGCUAGUAUAGAUGCUUCGUGGUCCGGUGGUCAUCUCCACUCCACAGUGUUUCAACGGAGCGCUGCACAAGUCCUAAGUUGAGCUGCUACCUUAUUGAAGUUGUCCAGCAUCCCUGUCCAGAGAUCUCCAUGGCAGGCACCAUGCUCCUCAGAGUCUCUCUCCUGCUCCUCGCUGGAUCCAUUCUCCUCAGCUGCAUCCCUGCACAGAGGAUUAGAGGCAAGUGCACAGAUUGGCUGUUCUGUAAAGUCCGGUGUAUUGUGUUUCUGGAUAGUGUGGUCUUGUGUUACGUGUUUUAUGUAUAGUUUUGAGCAUGCAUGUUAUGUUUUUGCCAAUGCAUUUGUGACGGAAAGUGGUUUUGUGUUGUUGCUUAUCAUUGUGCAUUGUGCACUAUGCAAUGUUUUGCUGACUUUGAAUAUGUUCUCCAAAUGCCAUUGACAUUGUAUAGAAAAAAAUUGCUUUGCCAAAACCAAAUUGCUAUGUGAACAUAAAGUAGGGGUUUCAUGGUCCAGUUGGUCCAGUUUGUAAAGUCCCAUGAAAUUAUCCCAAAAGUAUUGACCAAAAUGUUUGGGACAAUGCAUAAUGUAUAGAGUUGUGCAGACUUGACUGCAGCGAAACCACAGUGUGAAUGGUAUCCUCAUUAGAAUAACAAUAUAAUAUAUGCCAUUUAGCAGAUGCUUUUAUCCAAGCGACUUACUGACCAUUAAUGCAAUGCAUUUAGAUUCAGGUGCAAAACCACUGUAACUGUGAUUGUGCAAGAUAAUAAUUAGUUUGACUCAAAAACUGAAUGAAAAGCAGAAGUUUGGUUGUCACCGGUACAUACAUUAUGUUUCCUUGAAUUUUGUUCUGAUGUUUUUUGGUCUUCCUGUAGAAUUGUAAUGUCGGUUUGGAGCUUGAAUUGCCUCUUGUUAGAGAUAAUGUUCAAACUGUUCGAGCUACAGGACUUUCAACUGUCUACUGAUUGGCCCAUUAAACAUACAGUAGUUAUGUAAUAUGAUGAAUUCACUCUCCUAGAAAUGAAAAGGGAAAUGUCAGGCUAAAAACAAUGGAUGAUCGAUACACUGUAUUAGCUCACAUGCAAACACUCGCCAAUAUCAACAUUUUCUUUGAGCAGCAGUGUGUAUAUGAAUGGUAAACCAACUAAAAUUCUGAGAAGUGAGGACAUUUUGCCUGUCCUCACUUGUAAAAAUAAUAUUUUAGGUUUAGGGGUUAGGUUUAUGGCUAGAAUUAGGGUUAGGGUUAGAAUUAGGGUUAGGGUUAGUGGUUAGGUUUAGGGUUAGGUUUAGGGUUAGGGUUUAAGGUUAGGGUAAGGGUUAGGUUUAGUGGUUAGGGAAAAUAGGAUUUUGAAUGGGAAUGAAUUAUAGUAGGACAUAGCUGUGUGUGUGUGUGUGUGUGUGUGUGUGUGUGUGUGUGUGUAUCUCUGCCUGUUGAUUGUCUUGGGGUGUUUCUUGGACAGGAUCCCAUGAUUUAAAAAAAGUUAAUCUAUGUGAGCGCCAAUCUGUGUGUUGACAAGAAAUCUUAUCCUAAUAAUAAUUGUGCUGCCGUCCAGUGGACUUCCCAGAGGAUGUAGCCUUGUGAUUGCGGUGUCUAACGCAGCAGGGAGGGGUUUGGUUCGGCUUGGGAUUGGGCCAACAUCUCCCCUCCGCACACUCCAGAAUCUCAGGCAGAGAAGCUUCUUGUUAAACAAUACAUGUUGUACAACAUUCACGUGUCCACUUUGCUUUCCGUGCGGCGGUGUCUGCUUUCUGCACAUUGUUAAGGUGCGACAUGUAUAUUCCUGAGUACAUACACGUGCCUGCUUUGCUUUCCGUGCGGCGGUGGUGGUGGUGGGGGUACAUUGUAAAUGGGCUACAUGUGUGUACCUGAGUGUCUGAGCUCGGUGUAUGUUGAAGCUGUGGUUGUGCAGGCAGCUGGAGACGGGGUUGGCCCGCAGCUCUUCAUGCAUGGUCAAACUUCAUUAGAGGAGAUGAAAGAGAGACGCCUCAGGGUCUCACACACCAAAAGACUCAUCAGUUGUGCAACAGUGCUCGGUGCAAAUAUCCCCUACCUUCACGCUGUUUAACUACCGUCUCUCUGGUGAGGAUGUGGGGGGGCUGUUGUGCCCCACUACUGUAGCUGCAGAAGGAGGGAUGGGAAGCUCUACGUAUGAAAGGGUGAAGUUGGACUCAUGUCAGAUGGACACACAGUCAGAGAGAAUACAGUAGGAGAGCAGGUCUGUGUUUGUCAACACGCGGCAAUGCAUGUGCUUUAUACAGUAUGUGCUGCCAGUGAAAGCCCAUUCAGUUAUGGAGUACAUCCACAGCUGCAGAACGUUGAGAUCACGUCCAUCUACUAAAUGUGACUGGACAAUAUAUACAUAUGAACCUAGAGAAGCUGUCAGGGACAAUUUAUGUUCCCUAUAGCCAUGAGAUAAAAUGCUCCUGGAGAGUCGACUUAUAAAAGCGGUGUCUGGAGAUUUAGGGGACUUUUGUUACAGUUGUGUGUGUCAUUUUGAGAAGGUACAGGUAUGCUCAAUCUGGAAGAAAUGGAAGGACCGUGUUCCAGAACAGAAUAUACUGCAGGGGUUUCACAGUUUGGUUUGAUUAAAGUUUGUUAGUUCCUCAUUCAAUAUACAACAAACAAACACAACGAAAUGGGAUAUCGCUGGAAGAGAAGUUGCUUAUGACUAACAUAUUUAGAAGUCUGCCAAAGGAUUAAAUGCUAGCUAGACUUUUUCCCUAAGCGCAAUACCCUGAAGGCUGGCUGUUGUUCACUUUAAGGGUCAUGGAACCAAACCAACUUUUUUCACUUGUGAUCAGCCUCACACUGGAUUCUGCUCUUGGGUCAAUCAGCUGCAGAUGGAAAGUCUUCAACUGUGAAACACCACGUCCGUGCCAAGAAACCAGCAUGCGUGAUUACACGUCUUAAGUGUCAAACUUCCAUGCUUUCCCACCAUUUGAGAAGGCAACAGGAUGUCAAUGCCAAUCUGUAGAACAAACAGCCCGAAGAUAGCUUAAGAGACUGAAGACGGACAUACUUAUGAUCGCACACAAUCUGUCUCCUGGAAGACUCAGAGUUGGCAAAUCAAACAUGCCUGCUGCUUACGCUUAAAAACAUAUUCUUUCUAGACGACUUCUUAAUAUCAUUAAAAGUUGGAAGAAGAUACAGUUGUCACUUUAAAGAACUCCCGGCUUUCGGCGUCUCACCUUUUGACACCAACCGUGAUCUGCCCAACGAUGCCUCUCUACCAGACGAACUCAAUACAUUUUAUGCACGCUUAUUGCCCACUUUGACAACAACAACAUUGUGCCGGGUGUGAAGGCAUCACCGACCCAGAGGAUAGGGUGAUCUCGCUGUCACGUUCGCUUACAGACGGGACGGACCAAGGCGCAGCGUGAUAUGCAUACAUGUUUAUUAAAAUGAAUAAACACAACAACAAAACAACAAACUAAACGAAACGUGAAGUCCAAGGUACAACAUACCUCACACGGAACAAGAUCCCACAACCCACUAGUGCCAAUAGGCUGCCUAAGUAUGGUCCCCAAUCAGAGACAACGAGCUACAGCUGCCUCUGAUUGGGAACCACACCGGUCAACAUAGAUCUACACGAUCUAGAUCUACACCACACAGAAAAUACACACCCUGACUCAACAAAUACGAGUCCCCAGAGUCAGGGUGUGACACUCGCUCUCUGAGGCCGACAUAAGAAAGGUCUUUAAAUCAGAUCAAUACCUGCAAGGCCACGGGGCCCGACGGUAUUCCAGGGUGCUUUCUCAGAGCAUGCACAGCUGGCAGGCAUAUUCACAAUAAUUUUCAACCUCUCCUUAUCCCAGUCUUUAAUAAAAUCAAAUCAAAUUGUAUUGGUCAAAUACACAUAUUUAGCAGACGUUAUUGUGGGUGUAGCGAAAUGCUUGUGUUCCUAGCUCCAACAGUGCAGUAGUAUAUAAUAAUUCACAACAAUACACACAAAUCUAAAAGUAAAAGAAUGGAAUGAAGAAAUAUAUUAAUAUUAGGACAAGCAAUGUCGGAGUGGUAUUGACUAAAAUACAGUAGAAUAUAGUAUAUACAUAUUAAAUGAGUAAAGCAGUGUGUAAACAUUAUUAAAGUGACUAGUGUUCCAUGUCUAUGUACUGUACAUAGGGCAGCAGCCUCUAAGGUGCAGGGUUGAGUAACCGGCUAGUGACGGCUAUUUAACAGUCUGAUGGCCUUGAGAUAGAAGCUGUUUUUCAGUCUCUCGGUCCCAGCUUUGAUGCACCUGUACUGACCUUGCCUUCUGGAUGAUAGCGGGGUAAUAAACAGGCCGUGGCACGGGUGGUUGAUGUCCUUGAUGAUCUUUUUGGCCUUCCUGUGAGGGCAGGCAGUGUGACCCCGGUGAUGCGUUGGGCAGACCGCACCACCCUCUGGAGAGCCCUGCGGUUGCGGGCGGUGCAGUUGCCGUACCAGGCGGUGAUAAAGCCCGACAGGAUGCUCUCAAUUGUGCAUCUGUAAAAGUUUGUGAGGGUCUUAGGGACCAAGCACCACAUGUUUUAAGAUGACCACCAUCAUUCCUGUCCCCAAGUUCGCUAAGGCUUCAUGCCACAAUGACUACCGCCCUGUAGCACUCACUUCUGUAAUCAUGAAGUGCUUUGAGAGGCUGGUUAUGGCACACAUUAACUCCACCAUCCCAGACACCCUAGACACACUCCGAUUUGCAUACCGUCCCAACAGAUCAAUAGAUGACGCAAUCUCAAUUGCUCUCCACACUGCCCUCGCCCACCUAGAUAAGAGGAAUACCUAUGUGAGAAUGCUGUUCAUUGACUACAGCUCAGCGUUCAACACCAUUGUCCCCUCCAAGCUCGUCACCAAGCUUAGGACUCUGGGUCUGAACACCUCCCUCUGCAACUGGAUCCUGGACUUCCUGACGGGCCAUCCCCAGAUGGUGAGGGUAGGCAACAUCACCUCUGCCAUGCUGACCCUCAACACGAGUGCCCCACAGGGGUGUGUGCUUCACUGCCUGGUAUGGCAACAGCACCGCCCUCGAUCGCAUGGCGCUACAGAGGGUGGUGCAGACAGGCCAGUACAUCAUUGGGGCCAAGCUCCCUGCCAUCCUGGACAUCUAUAUCAGGCGGUGUGGAAGGAAGGCCCGGAAAAUCGUUAAAGACUCCAACCACCCAAGCCAUAGACUAUCCUCUCUGCUUCAGCACGGCAAGCGGUACCGGUGCAUUAAGUCUGACACCAACAGGAUCUUGAACAGCUUCUAUCUCCAAGCAAUAAGACUGAAAAUAGCUAACAAAAUAGCUACUUGGACUAUCUGAGUUAACCUUGUAUCUUUAUUUACCUUUUAUUUUUGCACUGUCUCUAUGCACACUCACACACUCAGUCCAGCAUCUGCUCACUCACGCAUAAUAUGCACAUACAUUUAUACUGACUCUACACACAAGCACACUCACUCACAUACAAGCUGCUGCUACUCUGUUUAUCAUAUAUCCUGAUACCUAGCCACCUUACCCCUCCCUGUACAUAUCUACCUCCAUCACUCCAGUAUCCCUGCACACUGUAAAUAUGGUACUGGAACUGACCCUGUAUAUAGUAUGCUUACUUACUUAUUGUGUUCUUCAUAUUUUUCUUGUGUGUUUUGUCUAGUAUUACAUUGUUAUUGAUUAUUGCAUUGUUGGGUUUUGAGUUUGCAAGAAAGGCAUUCCACUGUACUUGUGCAUGUGACAUUAAAAACGUAAAACUUGAAACAUUAGUCAAGAGCAGGAUAACUUUAUUGACAACAGUAAACAACAUAGCUAACAAGCUUUCCAGCAUGAGGGGGCUAUUUUUUAUGCAGGUUGGCAUUUAUUGGCAUGACUCAUGUAAUGGAGGCAGCUCUGCAGAGUGGUCACUACACUCACACCCUUUUUGGUUCCAUGGGAGAACCCUUUUGAGUUCCAUGUCAAAUCAAAUCAAAUCAAAUCAAAUCAAAUCAAAUUGUAUUGGUCACAUGCGGCGAAUACAACAGGUGCAGACAUUACAGUGAAAUGCUUACUUACAGCCCUUAACCAACAGUGCAUUUAUUUUAAACAAAAAAAGUAAGAAUAAAACAACAACAAAAAAAGUGUUGAGAAAAAAAGAGCAGAAGUAAAAUAAAGUGACAGUAGGGAGGCUAUAUAAAUCAAAUCAAAUCAAAUCAAAUUUUAUUGGUCACAUGCGCCGAAUACAACAGGUGCAGACAUUACAGUGAAAUGCUUACUUACAGCCCUUAACCAACAGUGCAUUUAUUUUAAACAAAAAAGUAAGAAUAAAACAACAAAAAAGUGUUGAGAAAAAAAGAGCAGAAGUAAAAAAUAAAGUGACAGUAGGGAGGCUAUAUAUACAAUAGAAUAAAGUGACAGUAGGGAGGCUAUAUAUACAGGGGGGUACCGUUGCAUAGUCAAUGUGCGGGGGCACCGGCUAGUUGAGGUAAUAUGUACAUGUGGGUAGAGUUAAAGUGACUAUGCAUAAAUACUUAACAGAGUAGCAGCAGCGUAAAAAGGAUGGGGUGGGGGGGCAGUGCAAAUAGUCCGGGUAGCCAUGAUUAGCUGUUCAGGAGUCUUAUGGCUUGGGGGUAGAAGCUGUUGAGAAGUCUUUUGGACCUAGACUUGGCACUCCGGUACCGCUUGCCGUGCGGUAGCAGAGAGAACAGUCUAUGACUAGGGUGACUGGAGUCUUUGACAAUUUUGAGGGCCUUCCUCUGACACCGCCUGGUAUAGAGGUCCUGGAUGGCAGGGAGCUUUGCCCCAGUGAUGUACUGGGCCGUACGCACUACCCUCUGUAGUGCCUUGCGGUCAGAGGCCAAGCAGUUGCCAUACCAGGCGGUGAUGCAACCAGUCAGGAUGCUCUCGAUGGUGCAGCUGUAGAAUUUUUUGAGGAUCUGAGGACCCAUGCCAAAUCUUUUUAGUCUCCUGAGGGGGAAUAGGCUUUGUCGUGCCCUCUUCACGACUGUCUUGGUGUGUUUGGACCAUGAUAGUUCGUUGGUGAUGUGGACACCAAGGAACUUGAAGCUCUCAACCUGUUCCACUACAGCCCCGUCGAUGAGAAUGGGGGCGUGCUCAGUCCUCUUUUUUUCCUGUAGUCCACAAUCAUCUCCUUUGUCUUGGUCACGUUGAGGGAGAGGUUGUUGUCCUGGCACCACACGGCCAGAUCUCUGACCUCCUCCCUAUAGGCUGUCUCAUCGUUGUCGGUGAUCAGGCCUACCACUGUUGUGUCGUCGGCAAACUUAAUGAUGGUGUUGGAGUCGUGCCUGGCCAUGCAGUCAUGGGUGAACAGAGAGUACAGGAGGGGACUGAGCACGCACCCCUGAGGGGCCCCCGUGUUGAGGAUCAGUGUGGCAGAUGUGUUGUUACCUACCCUUACCACCUGGGGGCGGCCCGUCAGGAAGUCCAGGAUCCAGUUGCAGAGGGAGGUGUUUAGUCCCAGGAUCCUUAGCUUAGUGAUGAGCUUUGAGGGCACUAUGGUGUUGAAUGCUGAGCUGUAGUCAAUGAAUAGCAUUCUCACGUAGGUGUUCCUCUUGUCCAGGUGGGAAAGGGCAGUGUGGAGUGCGAUAGAGAUUGCAUCAUCUGUGGAUCUGUUGGGGCGGUAUGCAAAUUGGAGUGGGUCUAGGGUUUCUGGGAUUAUGCUGUUGAUGUGAGCCAUGACCAGUCUUUCAAAGCACUUCAUGGCUACAGACGUCAGUGCCACGGGUCGGUAGUCAUUUAGGCAGGUUAUCUUAGAGUUCUUGGGCACGGGGACUAUGGUGGUCUGCUUGAAACAUGUUGGUAUUACAGACUCAGUCAGGGACAUGUUGAAAAUGUCAGUGAAGACACUUGCCAGUUGGUCAGCACAUGCUCGGAGUACACGUCCUGGUAAUCCGUCUGGCCCUGCGGCCUUGUGAAUGUUGACCUGCUUAAAAGUCUUACUCACAUCGGCUACGGAGAGCGUGAUCACAUAGUCGUCCGGAACAGCUGGUGCUCUCAUGCAUGCUUCAGUGUUGCUUGCCUCGAAGCGAGCAUAGAAGUGGUUUAGCUCGUCUGGUAGGCUUGUGUCACUGGGCAGCUCGUGGCUGUGCUUCCCUUUGUAGUCUGUAAUAGUUUUCAAGCCCUGCCACAUCCGACGAGCGUCAGAGCCAGUGUAGUAUGAUUCAAUCUUAGACCUGUAUUGACUCUUUGCCUGUUUGAUGGUUCGUCGGAGGUCAUAGCGGGAUUUCUUAUAAGCGUCCGGGUUAGAGUCCCGUUCCUUGAAAGCGGCAGCUCUACCCUUUAGCUCAGUGCGGAUGUUUCCUGUAAUCCAUGGCUUCUGGUUGGGGUAUGUACGUACGGUCACUGUGGGGACGACAUCAUCGAUGCACUUAUUGAUGAAGCCAGUGACUGAUGUGGUGUACUCCUCAAUGCUGUCUGAAGAAUCCCUGAACAUGUUCCAGUCUGUGCUAGCAAAACAGUCCUGUAGCUUAGCAUCUGCGUCAUCUGACCACUUUUUUAUUAGCCGAGUCACUGGUGCUUCCUGCUUCAGUUUUUGCUUAUAAGCAGGAAUCAGGAGGAUAGAGUUAUGGUCAGAUUUGCCAAAUGGAGGGCGAGGGAGAGCUUUGUAUGCGUCUCUGUGUGUGGAGUAAAGGUGGUCUAGAGUUUUUUCCCCUCUGGUUGCACAUUUAACAUGCUGGUAGAAAUGAGGUAGAACGGAUUUAAGUUUCCCUGCAUUAAAGUCCCCUGCUACUAGGAGCGCUGCAUCUGGAUGAGCAUUUUCCUGUUGAUUAAUGGCCUUGUACAACUCAUUCAGUGCAAUCUUAAUGCCAGCAUUGGUUUGUGGUGGUAAAUAGACAGCUAUGAAAAGUAUAGAUGAAAACUCUCUUGGUAAAUAGUGUGGUCUACAGCUUAUCAUAAGAUACUCUACCUCAGGCGAGCAAAACCUCGAGACUUCCUUAGUAUUUGAUUUUGUGCACCAGCUGUUGUUUACAAAAAUACAGAGACCGCCACCCCUCGUCUUACCCGAGUCUGCCGUUCUGUCCUGCCGAUGUAGCGUAUAGCCUGCUAGCUGAAUGUUGUCAUUGUUGUCAUUCAGCCACGACUCCGUGAAACAUAAGAUAUUACAGUUUUUAAUGUCCCGUUGGUAGGAUAACCGUAAUCUUAAAUCGUCCAUUUUAUUAUCCAAAGCUUGAACGUUGGCUAAUAGGAUUGAUGGGAGAGGCAGUUUACUUCGUUCGCCGUCGGAUCUUACAGGCACCCCGAAAUACGUCCACGGUAUCUCCGUCUUCCUCACGCGAAUGACGGGGAUCUGGGCCUUGUCUGGAGUUGUAGAAUAUCCUUCGCAAAACGCCUCGUUGAAGAAAAAGUGUUCGUCCAACGCGAGGUGAGUAAUCGCUGUCCUGAUAUCCAGAAGCUCUCUUUGGUUAUAAGAGACGAUGGCAUAAACAUUAUGUACAAAAUAAAUUACAAAUAACGCGGAAAAAACACACAUAAUAGUAAAAUUGGUUAGAGGGCUGUAAAACGGCAGCCAUCUUCUCCGGCGCUGUUUAUAUACAGGGGGGUCCCGUUGCAGAGUCAAUGUGCGGGGGCACCGGCUAGUUGAGGUAGUUGAGGUAAUAUGUACAUGUGGUAGAGUUAAAGUGACUAUGCAUAAAAUAUUAACAGAGAGUAGCAGCAGCGUAAAAAGGAUGGGGUGGGGGGCAGUGCAAAUAGUCCGGGUAGCCAUGAUUAGCUGUUCAGGAGUCUUAUGGCUUGGGGGGUAGAAGCUGUUGAGAAGUCUUUUGGACCUAGACUUGGCACUCCGGUACCGCUUGCCGUGCGGUAGCAGAGAGAACAGUCUAUGACUAGGGUGGCUGGAGUCUUUGACAAUUUUGAGGGCCUUCCUCUGACACCGCCUGGUAUAGAGGUCCUGGAUGGCAGGAAGCUUUGCCCCAGUGAUGUACUGGGCCGUACGCACUACCCUCUGUAGUGCCUUGCGGUCAGAGGCCAAGCAGUUGCCAUACCAGGCGGUGAUGCAACCAGUCAGGAUGCUCUCGAUGGUGCAGCUGUAGAAUUUUUUGAGGAUCUGAGGACCCAUGCCAAAUCUUUUUAGUCUCCUGAGGGGGAAUAGGCUUUGUCGUGCCCUCUUCACGACUGUCUUGGUGUGUUUGGACCAUGAUAGUUCGUUGGUGAUGUGGACACCAAGGAACUUGAAGCUCUCAACCUGUUCCACUACAGCCCCGUCGAUGAGAAUGGGGGCGUGCUCAGUCCUCUUUUUUUUCCUGUAGUCCACAAUCAUCUCCUUUGUCUUGGUCACGUUGAGGGAGAGGUUGUUAUCCUGGCACCACACGGCCAGAUCUCUGACCUCCUCCCUAUAGGCUGUCUCAUCGUUGUCGGUGAUCAGGCCUACCACUGUUGUGUCGUCGUCGGCAUGUAGAACCCUUUUUGGUUCCAGAUAUAACCCUUUUGGGUUCCAUGUAGAACCCUCUGUAGAAAGGGUUCUACAUAGAACCCAAAAGGGUUCUACCUGGAACCAAAAAGGGUUAUUCAAAGGGUUCUCCUAUGGGGACAGCCGAAGAACCCUAGAUAGCACCCUUUUUCCUAAGAGUGUAGGCAUACCUUUACUUAGAAAAAAAGGUGCUAUCUACAACCUAAAAGGGUUCUUCGGCUGUUAUCAUAGGAGAACCCUUGAAGGACCCUUUUUGGUUCCAUGUAGAACCCGUUUGGUUCCAGGUAGAACCCUUUGGAGUUCCAUGUAGAACCCUUUCCACAGAUGGUUCUACAUGGAACCCAAAAGAGUUCUACAUAGAACCAAAAAGGGCUCUCCUAUUUGGACAGCCGAAGAAUCCUUUUGGAACCCUUUUUUCUAAGAGUGUGGCAGAAAUCUCUCAGUUCUACCUCCAGGGCAAGAUUCAUGACAAUACACGUCAACCUGCAUUUUUGAUGAGUAGGCCUUUCCAUAAGCUUCAGUAUACAUUUAUUGGUAUUAUGUAACAUAAUAAUGUCUUCCACAUUCUCCCCCUGUAGCUAGAAUCACUCUUCAUCUGUAUAUUGUUGUCUCCACAAGGGGUGAAGUUGUCAUCUGGUCUAUAAUCAGAGGAUAACACAUUACAGUCCUUGUAAGUCUAGGGUCUCUUUAAUAGAUCCUCAUGGAUUUAGAGCUAUAAAGCCAGAGACUGAAAACAUCCUUCUUGUUAAAUUAAAGGGAGUCAGCAAUAACAUGACAGGAGUCUUGAGUCUUGAGGUAAGCAGAGGUUAUGUCACGUUGCCGGGGGAGAUGCGUUUAUUAAUGACAGUUAGAAUGGAAGGCGCCACUAGAAAUAGGAUGUUCGACAGCAGAAACCUGACAAGCAAAACAUCCUUUUCCCUCCAAUUAUAUUCCAAACAAUUCAAGAUUACUCUUUGGGGUUAAGCAGAGAUGCGAAAUGGACACAAGUAUCCAAGUAAACAGUUAAUUCACUCACACUGUGGAAUAAGUUGCACAAUGUUGUGCUGAUUCAGCAAACCCAGUGGUCUUUUAAAUUCAUCCAAACCAAUAGUUCCUGGCAACUUCCACAAAACCACCACACAAAUAUGGUUGUUUGUUUGUUUUUCACUUUCUCGUGAUUGAAGAGUUUCGCGGGUCAUCGAUAAUGAAGGCGCCGAUAUGAUAUCCUAGGUUCAUUCCAAGUUUGCUCUGUGAAUGGGAGUGAUUAGGUUAUCGUUAAAGCCUAAUUAACACUCUGCGUGAUUAGGAUUAGCUGGAGUGCCAGAACGCUCGCCUUGCCUCUUGCCUGCAUGGGCAUUAAAAGGGCGGGCUGCUGACUGAUGUGUGUGACGACACAAAACGGCCACAACAUCCAUUUUAAGCCUGCUUUUCAUUAGCAUUUAACAGCCUCUAUAACCCAGCAGCUGAACCAGUCAAGUUCCUGUAUGGUGGGAUAUGGGAAUCUGGUGGACAAGGGAAAACCUUCUCCAAAGCUAAAGAGGUUUAUUACCAGGUUUAAAUGAGCUCCAGUACUGAUGUUUAGCCUCUGUUCUUGAAUAAUGACUUUUCUGAACUGUUUGGAGCUCAACCUUCAAGAGUUCCAUCCUCCAUUGCAUUUCACCUUCUAAUUUUACCUCUCCAAGCCUGACGAUAUCAGUGGGUUUAAAGUACUUUGAGUUUAUCCUAAUAGUCCAAUGUUAAGACUGAUGGAAGAAUCAAGUAUUCCAUCUCCUGUAUGCAUUCAGGGUUAUAUUGGCUGCAGUUGAAGGGUACUGCAGUCUGUUUCAUGAAAACCACAAACACAGUCCUAUUUGAUUAAUCCCUUGGGUACCUGGGGAGAGGCAGCAGUUUAUCUUGCAAUUACCCCUAAGUCCAGAAGUUUCUUAAAUGCAGCACUUGCAAUCUGCUCAUGUUCAUGUGAGGUGCUGAAGGUUAGCUGUGAUGGAAUACACUAGCAUCUUUACGUGUAAUGAACCACAGUUCAACUAAUCACAACUACAAUGCAAUUCAACUGUAUUAUUCUACUUCUUGGUCUUUAACAGUGAGAAGACAGAACAUGAAGGUCCGCAUCAACGCCACCGGCGACACCAUCGUGAUGAAGUUUGUCCGUCCCAACCCUGACACCAAGCUGGAAGGCUACAUCCUGGGUUAUGGCAGCAGCAUGUUCUCUAAACAGUUCAUCCAGCUGCCUGAGAAUGGAGAGCCCUACGAGACUGAGAUAGGUAAGACUGGUCUAUGGUAAGACCACGCACACACACACACACACACACAACACAACACAAACACAAACACAAACACAAACACACACACACACACACACACUAACCUAUUGACUUUCAGGGAUUCAUCAUUUAUCAGAUAGUCAUAACAUAAGUGUAUAUUGUGACUCCAACAUACAUCACUAGAUAACCCGGGGGGAGAAACCGUUCCUCUGAGAAACUUAGCAACCUGUCUUUGUAGAGCACAGAGAUUCCCCAAACAGGGUGAAAAGGGCAGGAGUUACACUGAGCACUCCACAGUGUUUACUUUCCUCUUUCAAACCCUUUCCUGCAGCUCAGUGGGUUCCAUUCAUCACAAACCACAGCCUCUCAUGAGAUACUUUCAACAUCCCAACCCACUACAGCACCAUAGCAGGGCAGCACUGGGUCAGUGAAAGAUUACCUUACAGCUUGUGUAGAUCAUCCAUUGAGCAUGAAACCACAUGCUUAUGUUAGAAUUUGAACGAUACGCUGUUGCUUAUUUUCCUUGAUACUCCCACUCUCUACAUUCACUUGUGUUAAAGUAAACAUUGGAGUGCUUUAAUAAUUAAAUCAAACAAAUAUGAGUCCUUUAUUGCUGUUUUGUGUUGAUCUGUUUGGAUUUAGGACAGGCACUAAAUGAGAGCAGGUCAGGAACACGUUUCCUCUUGUCGUAUGAAAAGGCCUCAAUGGCCAUUGUGUAAAUCCCAGGCUUUGAAGUGUUAGAGUAGAAAGGAACCAGGGACUAAAGAGAAUUGAAAAACUCCCUUGGCUGGCUCCCCAAUCAGUGAAAGGAGUGCUGUUUGUUCAAUGCAGAACAGCUUUUUAGCAACUUCUCUUUGAGCCCUUUCACCUGUGUGAGAGACAACAGAAGUGAUCAAACAUCAUUUAUCACUGGUACAAGCUGUGACCUUCCACGUACAAAACCAACGACAACAAAGAGCUGAGUUAGAAUGGUCUCAGGUGCCCCUCCAGAACACCUGAUUGAAGUACCUCAUCAUGAGAGAGCCCACGGGGAUCCAACGAGAGAGCAGAGGGUAGACAAAACCUUCUCAGCAAUGAUGACACAUAGUAGUCCAAUAGGACAUGAUUGUGUUACUGUGACUCUCUCGGAUUCUCUUCUGUGCUGACUCUUAACUUAAAUUGAUUUAAAGUGUUUCCCCACACCCAACAGUUUUCUUUAUUUUAAGCAAUCAAAUGACUAUCAUUUGUCCAAUGCCCCACCCGUAACAUUGUGCCAGCUUCGAUCCAUGCCAACCUACUCCUACUCCUGGCCUGCCAGCUCAAAUGCUCUGGCUUUAUGUUAAUCCAUUGAACACCAGGACCUAAUCAGGCCCUUAUUCAGGCCCUUAGUGCUCCACCCUUCACAUCCUGUCUAUUUUGUUAUGUACAGUUAUUCAUUAAUGAGCUCUCCGUUCUCAUGCAACAGAAACACAACAUUUCUGGAUCACUGUUUUUAUAGCACGUUGAAUCCAAGUGGCCAGAUGUGUCUUAACUGUGUUCCAGAUCCAUAACCAUAUUUUCACCCCUCCUAGCUGGCCUCAGACAUUGUUUGCAUUUAGACAAGUAUAAUAACAAUACACGACUGUUAGAUUGUGGGCGGCUAAUAUAAACCCCUUUAUAUUCUAUGUAUUAAAGUCUCUACAGGUUGGACAACGUUCCAUUGUUCAGAGGAGUUCAAGCAACUCAACUGCAUUUCAAUUUACCAUCCGAACGACUGUUUGUUUUCAUCUGUUGUGCUUGAAGUCAAGCUCUUUCAUCUGUGUAUCUGUUCUGCAUCUGUUUACGGCUGGUUUGAAUAGUUUCAGCCCAUCUCCCCAACACCAGAGACCUGGCUGGGUAGUGACUCACCAGGCGUCAGGAGGACUCUUUCUACCCACACUCUUCUUUCACGGUCCAGGAAAAUCUUUUCCCCAUUCUGGUAUAUUAGUUUUUCCAUGACAGAGAAAUCAAUGUGACAACAUUUUCUUAUUUAACCCUUUCAGACGCAGAGCCCAAGUAUCUUGUUGCUGUCCAGCCAAUCCCGAGUAAUGAUGUGAAGAAACAAUGCACAGGUACCUGUGGCAGUCUGUCUACACAUCUAAAAGGUUAAUCAGGUCAUCAAACGUGUUGUAAAUAUAGUGUAUGACCAUUGACCUUUGUCCUCACAGGAAAGGUCAACCUGGAGAAGCCACUCCACCUGGUGAUUGGCUCCAUCACCCCAACCUCUCUGCUGCUGUCCUGGGGAACCUUCCUGAAGACGCCCUAUGAUGUAGGCAACAUCAUGAACGACUGUCUGGAAGACGGGUGAGUUAUACCCUACCGCACCGCCAGCGAAACAUCUGGUUCCAGUUCCAUGUUGCCUUUUCAGGCCAAAGUUUUCCACAGAAACAGCCUCACUCAGCGCAAAAUGGAUGACAGGUGAAUACAGUUACACACUGUUUAGGCAUUCAGACGAUCUGGUUUUCACAAAAGAAAAGGAUCUAGUUGAAAUCAGGUGCACACACUGAGAUCUGAAUACAAGGCUGUUAUUGCCAGCUAUGUAUAAAGAUGAUAUACUGUAUGAAGGCUUGACUAGAUUUAAACUCAUACCAUGCAUUCAAUGUACUGUACUGUCGAACCUUGGAGGAUUUAUGAAGCAUAACAGUUCUAUAGAGAAACGUUGAGGAAGUGUGUCAUUUAUUUUUUAUGGAAAAUGGAGCAUGGGAAUGGGCCGAGGUCUGUUCCAGCACAGGUGUGUGCAGGAGUUGACUGAGGAUACACGGACUGUACUGCUGGGACACACUUUUCCAUCACUCUAUUUAUGCUCAGCCUUAAAUGCAUUCUAGAAUUCCCCCCUCGCCGAAAGUUGGAGGAGUCGUUGGAAAUCUCAACCUAAGUUACAGCUGAGAGUGCCUCCUUCCAUCUGGUGGCGUAUUAAAAGCUAAUGUCAGUUCCUUCUGUUUACUGCUUGGCUACUGCCGGCAGCGCUACCUAGAAAGACAAUCACUGAGGGAAUGAAAGGGGAUCGGUUGACACUGACGAGAUGACCGGAGAUACCGGAGCCAGAAUUAACAAUAGCUAAUGGGGGACGGUGGAGCUGGAAUAGCCACCCAUACUGUAUGAUGUGGUGCACGCCUGCUGUGCUUUGUUGUGAAAUGAAGACAGCAUUUUCCAAAGGUUAGAGUUUACCAUAAAGAUGCACAGCUACUUUACAAGAAUCAGCAUGUUGUUUACUGUGCCUUGUUUGUCCUUCCCAUGCAGACACUACACCGUCCGCUACAGGGAGAGGAACAGGAAGUGGAUCUACCAGACCUGCCCCACCAGCGACACCGUGAUUGACAACCUGAAGCCCAACACCCCAUACGAGUUUGGGGUCCGCUCCAACAAAGACGAAAGCAGCGGAGUCUGGAGCAAGCCUGUCAUUCACAAAACCAACAUGGGUGUAGGGUUGGGUAGGUUACUUUCUACAUGUAAUCGGUUACAGUUACUAGCUACCUGUCCAAAGUUGUAAUCAUUAACAUAACAUUUGGGUUCCCCAAACUCAGUAACAUAAUCUGAUUACUUUCAGUUACUUUUAGAUUACUUUCCCCUUAAGAGGCAUUAGAAGAAGACAAAAAGGAUCCAUAAAACACAUUUGUUGUGUCAUCAUGGUGGUCUCUGACUUGUGGUCAGACUCGCUCAGGUGGAACAAAUGUAAACUUACCGCCUUCUUUUCAAUGCUGAAUUAAAUGUCAUUGAGAAAACAGAAAGGUGUCAUAAUGUAUAAAUUUUUUGAGCAAACAUCCUUUCCAAAUUUAAAAGUAAUCCAAGAAGUAGUCAUCUAGUUUUUAAAAAGUAUCUGUAAUCUGAUGACAAUAUUUUAGCUGGUAAUGUGUAGCUCCUGUGUAGCUCAGUUGGUAGAGCAUGGUGCUUGCAACGCCAGGGUUGUGGGUUCGAUUCCCACGGGGGGCCAGUAUGAAAAAUGUAUCCACUCACUAACUGUAAGUCGCUCUGGAUAAGAGUGUCUGCUAAAUGACAAAAAUGUAAUGGAUUACACUUUAAGUUUUUUGGUAAUCCGAUUACAUGUAAUCAGUUACUCCCCAACCCUGCAUGGGCAGUAUGUACAUCACACUUAGGAAAAUGAAAAUCAGCGAUUUCAGGGAGUACAUCGUUUAAUUUUUUAAGAAGUCUGUAAGAAAUCUUUGUGGCACAAGAAAACAGAGUAAAACAUCCAUACCAUGUGAGCCAUUUGUGCUUUAUUGUUCCUACUUGCCAGACUUUCAAAAGACGACCUGCCGACACACUCUUCUCAGAAUAGCAGUUGUUAACAUCUUCUUCUUCAUGUUUUGCAGACAAAAUCAUCCAGAAGCCCUACAAGCACCGGACCCUUAUUGCGAAGCCAAUGGUAUGUGCUGUGUUUUGUUGGCCAUACAGCAUAAGAACCUAUGAUCUACGGGACUCUCAGUCUCUGAAUUAAAUAGCUUCCACAGGCAUACAUAUUCUCACACUACAACUUUACCCUACAACUACAUUUAUUUCUUCAAGAAAAUCAUUUUAUAUUUCCUGCUGUCUCUGUGGAGGGAGAAUAUACAAGGUGGUGAGAGAGGGUGAAAAGCAGAGUGUAGCUGAGUUGUGUAAGGCCAGAGUAGAGUAGACAAACUUCUGUCUGCUUCCCCUGUCUGACCCCAGCACCCGGCCUGAGAGACUCUUUAAUGUGGGUUAAAGAAGGUGACCCUCACACCCCAGCGGUGACAACACAAAACAGGCAGAACAUCGCAAAUCAACACAUGACACGCUCGCUCUGACACAGUCUUUCUGCCCACUCACAAUCAAUUAAUCAAUCAAUCAAUCAAUCAAUCAAUCAAUCAAAUGUAUUUAUAAAGCGCUUUUUACAUCAGCUAUUUUGAUUUUGUAGCUCAUUUGCGCGUUUGUGACUGUUAUAUGGCCCUUGACCAUGUGUGUUGUGUGUGUGUGUGUGUGUGUGUGUGUGUGUGUAUGUGUGUGUGUGUGUGUGUGUGUGUUGUGUGUGUCUGUCAGUUAGGCUAAGUCAGGUACCAGUAAGUGAAGUGUAGACAGCAGACCAUAAAUGUUUUCUGGUGAAAUGGCUCCACCAGUCAGAAGUCAGGUUGAGGGGCACGUUAGGUACGCUAGAAGCCUCAAGGGAUACUCUCAGUGAUGUAGCACAAUGCUAUCCUCACCAUAAAACUAAAACAUGGCUUUAGCACCGGAAGCGUAUUAGCGUUGACAUAUGAACUGUGGCUGUGGAUCUGGUGUCAAUAAAAACUUCCACCAACUGUAGAUCAUUUUUGUUUCUCAGAAACCACCCAUGUCCCGCGCACUUUUCCCACCUCGUCCAGGUAAGCCAUUUAUAUAUAUAUAUUGCAUUGAAUAUAUGAUAUGAUAUAUAUAUUACAUGGUAAUGAAACAAUGAGGGAUGCUACAUGCCCAUAUACAUGUCCAUGCAACACCGUUGCAUAAGCUUUAUUCCAAUGUACAGUAAUGUAAAGUAGGUCAUUAUGUUGUUCCAGGUGUGUACGUCCAGACAGCUAAAUACUACUUACCCUUGUUACACCUGUUUUCUGAGGGUAUAACUGCAUAUUAUACUGUUUUUUUUAUAUGGUGUAACACCUAUGUAAUGUAAAGUGCUGGUUUACAGCAUCAAUACUUUAGACAUAUGGAAUAUGUUGCAGCUACUUGAAACCAUGCCUAUCUCCUCUGUAAUCCAUUCUUGAUUCCUUUCUCCCCCAGCUAUUCACAACAGGACUCAGCCUAGAAUCCCUCCUCUGACCAAAAACCAAGGUUUUCCCAGGAGCUCCCAAGACAUCUUUUGGUGAUUACUCUCUCUCUCCACUCUCAUUCUAAAGCACUUUACAUUUCAUUUAUUUUUAUUUUUUAUUAACCUUUAUUUAACUAGGCAAAUCAGUUAAGAACAAAUUCUUAUUUACAAUGACGGCCUACCAAAAGGCCUCCUGCGGGGACGGGGGCUGGGAUAAAAUAAAAAUAUAGGACAAAACACACAUCACGACAAGAGAGACACUACAUAAAGAGAGACCUAAGACAACAACAUAGCAUGGCAGCAACACAUGACAACAUGAGCACAGUUAGAAAGAUAUGGCAUAUAGAAGCAAACCGGAUGGACAUCAUGAAAAUGAUCGGAGAGGUUGAGAGUAGAAGAAGUUCAGGAGCAAAAACAAAUAAAAUAUAAUUAUUGUAAAGUUGACUGUGUCCAUAAGGUGUAGAUAGUAAGUAUAGUCUGGAAGUAGAGGCCUGGGCAUUGUUGUUCACUAAUUUACCCCAAGUAGGGAAAGGAUGGCGGGGUUGAAAAGUAAUAAAGGGGAGUAUAUAUAUAAAAACAUGGGGGAUUGGAAGUGAUGCAGACAAUUACAAUGAUGGAAGUUACAAUCUGCAAUAUUAAGUUGAUCUACCCCCAAUAAAAUAAAUAAAUAAAUUAAUAAAAAAAAAACACAUGACAACACAGCAUGGUAGCAACACAACAUCAUACUCUGCUGUUUUUUUGUAUUACUCAUGGUUGCACAGGUAUUGUGGCCAAAAACACUACUCUUUUCACUGUCUUUAAAGACCUUCUGUGGUCAAACACAUUUCCUGCCCCAAUGCCUUCUCUACCUUUGCACUUCGUUCCUAUUCACACUUUAUGAAACGUGAUAUUAUUUUCUACAGCACCACCAGAGAGCCACCUGGAAGCUAGACCUGACCCCCGCUCCAAUGAGCCUCAAUGGCCACAGUUCCCACUGGGUAAACAGAGACAGACAUUUUGAAUCAUAUCAAGCUUUAUUCGCAGUCAGUCAUCGCUUGGCUAUGUCCACUACGCUGCUGCGAGGGGAGGGGUGGGUUGGGGUGGGGGGUGAGAACCGCAGCUGUUCGUUGUGAUUGGCUGCAUGCUGGCAUGCCUUGAGUCCACUGAGAGUUAGAAAGUCCCUGGAUCGCGGAGAUGGUGGUGGCACAGGAUGGUGCCGCCACAGAGUUGGAAGUAUGUGCGUAAGUUUCUGCCAGAGCAAAUGCGAAGGGCACGCAUGACGGUGAUCUUGUUUCGCAUUUCUCACAUCCUCUGAGCUUAGAUCUCAGGCGCUGUGAGAGCAUUGACUGCUUGUUUCGCUCACUUUCCCUCCAUACUGUAUCAGUCCAACUCAGCACUUUACCUUUACCUCAUUCUCUUCCACUCUUUUUUUCUGUCAUCCAUUGAUCUAUUCAUCCAUCCAUUUUCUAUUUUUCUGCUGUUUGUUCUUCCCAUGUCUAUAACCCACAACCUCUGACUCUCUCUCUCUCUCUCUCUCUCCAGCAGUGUCCAUCAAAAUCCCUCAUUUCAUAUGUUUGUGUCCACGAACCAUGACAUCUUUCUUGACAUCAGUCAUAUCAGUCAUCUCUCUCCAUUUUUCAUUCCUCAUUCGUUUACAGAGUUAUUGCACUUAAAGCCAGUGGCAAUGCUGGGUUUAAACAGUCUGCAUGACAACACUGCAUGCAAAAGACGUCUUUGAAUUUCCCAUUAGGGAAAGGCAGCACAAAGUCGCUCACUACCCCUUCUGUCCCUCUAAAUACUCCUUCCAAUGAUGUUUUCAAGACCUUCUGUGUGUAUUUCUAUGAGGUACAACUACAUUAUGGGACAAGGUUAAAUCAAUCUGAAUCCACUAUUAGAAAAAGAUAAAUAACUACAAUCUUAUACAGUCAAUGAAAGGUAUUCGGAGACAUUCAUCUCACAGCCAAAGAGAUGGAUUUGAAUGCCUGUCUAUGAACUGUUGAUAUUGACCGCAACAAUUGGGCAUCAAAAUGUUCCAUAAGGUACGUCCUUAUGUGACUCCAUAGUUUCCAGUCCCCAUAAUCAAAGUAUACCUCUCUCUUCUCUCUCACCCAGACGGAGGAAACAGUAUUAGAAAUGCUUCCUCUCAUCUCGUGGACCUCCCUCCUGCCUCCCCCCAACUCCUGCCCACCAAAACCCCCAGUACCUCCUCUGCCACCCCUGUCCCUAACAACCCCUCUCCACAUGGUGAAAAGCAACAGGGAAAGACCCAACCCAGGGGACCUACUAGCGCCACAGAGAAGCCACAUAACCCUUCCUCUGGUAAUUUCCACCUUUCAACUCUCUUUAACCUUCCCCUUCUUUUGCAGAGUCUGUGAUGUCAUGUUAAGGGCAUCAGAGUAUACUCUGGUACCCCUCAAAUAUAAGUUAUUUAAAAUGCCUAACUCUUUUCGGAGCAAACGCCUAGAUGUUUACUGAAACCGAAAGACUUACUGGUAUCUAAAGCUAUUAGGGAGAUUUGAACUUUUUAUGAAGUGAGGCAGGAAUCCUUUGUUUUCCUUUACCUCAAUGGGUAGUCUUUGAGAGUACUGCCGAGUAACAGAUAGGCAAGGAAGCGCCAUCUUGAAUUUCUCUACAAACCACUGUAACCCAACCCUCCAGAAACAGAUAAAACCAUUUUUUCCCCACACAGCUUUCAGUGAAUCACAGGAAGGAGCAUCACUGCUGACACACGCCCUGGGCAGUGAGAAAGCCAAUAAUAAUAACUUGGGUAACGAUGACCUCAUUGUACAAAUGCCCUCACUGUGUUUUGCCUCAGCUGGUCUACGUACACUCCACUGUCUGUCUGCUGUCCAUUGUGUCACCAUCCUCUCAGACCACAGCUUCAGUGUUGUUGUCCAGCUUUAAUGCACACUCAUUGGUCCACAGCUUCAGUGUUGUUGUACAGCUUUAAUGCAGACUCAUUUGACCACAGCUUCAGUGUUGUUGUACAGCUUUAAUGCACACUCAUUGGUCCACAGCUUCAGUGUUGUUGUCCAGCUUUAAUGCAGACUCAUUGAUCCACAGGUCAGGAGUUGGACUGAAUGCCCUUUAUUGCACCAUCCACCACAUUAUCAACCACAUUAUCUGCAUUAUCCAUAUCUGCAUGGCAUACACAAUCUGACUGUCAUGGUUACGCUGCACUGCUGAGCCCCAGCAGCAUCUAUGACUGUAUUCCUCAAGAUUGUGGAAGCUUUACGACAAAAAAAAUGCUUGAAAAAUCCAAUAGUUAAUAUUGUUUACGUCACUAAAUUAAUUAGAAGUACACAGAGAAAACAUGCAACGCUUGUAAAAACAAGGCUAACAUGAGUUAAGAGCUCAUGUUAGAGAACUACACAGUAGAUGCAUUCAAUCAAACUACACUAUUGAAUGCUGCAGAUCCUUUGAGAGAUCAUUGAUUGAAUCAUCAUCACUAACCCCACUAUUCCUCUCCUAAGGGCCGUGGCUCCCAGCACACCUGAAUGGCACAAUAGAGUGUCUUUAACAGACAUUGAGACUACACAUUGUAACAGGUUCUACAAUUGUUUUUGUGGUUUUCUAGGUCAAGGCAGCCAGAGAAAUUUGAAACCCCAUGGCCCGGCCAUCACACUGAUAGCCAGGACCAUGAAGUCUCCUGCUGCCAGAAACCCUCUCUUUCCCUUCACUGAUGGCUCAAGACAAGAAACCCCAUCCUCCUCUUCCUCCUCCUCCUCCUCCACCUCCUCCUCCUCUUCCUCAUCCCUUCUUCGUAGGGCCAAUAACUCAUCACAGACCUCCGGGACACCAGGGGGUAAAGGAAUCUCUCUCUCUCCCCUUUCCUCCUUCUUCCUUCCUUCCUCCUAAUAUGUCAUCCUCUUGUGGUUUUCUGAAAAUCCCCUCUACCCCCACAAACCCUGUGUAACCAGUGUGCAGUACUUACUCCAAACCCACCACACAUGUUGUCAUAUCUAGGCAGAGAUCGAGAUUAGGCAAAGAUUGCAGAGUUGGUUUGGCUUCAAGUGCCUAAUUUCACCCUGCACAACAUGUGGAGAGCGUGAUUGGUCAUGCUUCGACGUAGCUUGUCACCUCCGUGGUCAAGAUUUGUCACGGCUGUCCAAUCUAUCUAUCUCUUGACUCGCUCACCAUCUGUAGAAGCCACUGACACUGCUACUUUUAGAAAGAUCCGUCAGCAUGUCGUAGAUUCUGGUUGCAGCACGGGUCAGCCAUGUUACGAUAGAGCUUUCCACUGUCUUUGGGGAAACACGUGUUGUUCACUUGAGGCUGAAGCGCUUACAGGACUCUCCACUGGUCCAUCACAUAUGACACCCUCCUUUUCCUAUUUAUUUUCCUCCUCACAAGAUCUGUUGGGAGAUUCAUCUCUAACCUGUUUUUUCCUGAAUAAUUAAGUCUGAGCUAACAAUGCUAGCUGCUUUUUCCAUAAACAUCCUUCUUCUUCUCCACAGCCAAUGGUAAGGCCUCACAAAGGGACCCCGGGCCCCUCCCAAAACCAGUCGUUUGAACAGACUGAGGAAUGGGUAAAAAAGAGCUUGAUAUUACUCCUCUGCGUCUCUAAUCCAUUAACCCAACAGUUUGUUGGUGUUGUGGCAGCCAUAAUCAACCCAUUGUACGGUGCCUUCACCCAUUCUUUUUUGUUUGUCAAUUAAUGUUUCUGUCUCUCCAACCAUCCAUCCAUCUGUCCAUCAGCCCGUCAGUCUGUCCCAGCACACCUGAAUGGCACAACAGAAUGGUCUUUAACAGACAUUGAGACUACUCAUUGUAACAGGUUCUACAAUUGUUUUGUGGUUUUCUAGGUCAGGCAGCCAAGGAAUUUGAAACCCCAUGGCCCGGCCAUACACUGAUUAGCCAGGACCAUGAAGUCUCCUGCUGCCAGAAACCCUCUCUUUCCCUUCACUGAUGGCUCAAGACAAGAUAUCCCAUCCGCCUCCUCCUCCUCCUUCACCUCCUCCUCCUCCUCCACCUCCUCCUCUUCCUCAUCCCUUCUUCGUAGUGCCAAUAACUCAUCACAGACCUCCGGUACACCAGGGGGUAAAGGAAUCUCUCUCUUCCCCCUUCUCCUUCCUUCCUCCUCUUCCUCCUAUUAUGUAAUCUCCUUGUGGUUUUCUGGAAAUCCCCUCUACUCCCACAAACCCUGUGUAACCAGUGUGCAGUACUUACUCCAAACCAACCACAAAUGUUGUCAUAUCUGGGCAGAGAUUGAGAUUAGGCAAAGAUUGCAGAGUUGGUUUGGCUUCAAGUGCCUAAUUUCACCCUGCACAACAUCUGGAGAGCGUGAUUGGUCAUGCUUCGACGUAGCUUGUCACCUCCGCGGUCAAGAUUUGUCACGGCUGUCCAAUCUAUCCAUUUCUCGAUUCUCGCACCAUCUGAAGAAGUCACUUACACUGCUACUUUUAGAAAGAUCCGUCAGCAUGUCGUAGAUUCUGGUUGCAGCACGGGUCAGCCAUGUUAAGAUAGAGCUUUCCACUGUCUUUGGGGAAACACGUGUUGUUCACUUGAGGCUGAAGCGCUUACAGGACUCUCCACUGGUCCAUCACAUACUGUAUAACACGUUCCUUUUCCACGCAAAGUCACAUCUGUUUUUGUCCUGUUUUUUUUCCUAUUUAUUUUCCUCCUCACAAGGCCUGUUGGGAGAUUCAUCUCUAAUCUGUUUUUUCCUGAAUAAUUAAGUCUUAACUAACAAUACUAGCCAAUUCAGUGUUGUUGCCCAGUUUAAAUGCAGACUCAUUGGUCCACAGCUUCAGUUUUGUUGUCCAGCUUUAAUGCAGACUCAUUGGUCCACAGGUCAUGAUCAGGAGUUGGACUGAAUGCCCUUUAUUGCACCAUCCACCACAUUAUCAACCACAUUAUCUGCAUUAUCCAUAUCUGCAUGGCAUACACAAUCUGACUGUCAUGGUUAUGCUGCAAUGCUGAGCCCCAGCAGCAUCUACAGUGGGGAAAAAAAGUAUUUAGUCAGCCACCAAUUGUGCAAGUUCUCCCACUUAAAAAGAUGAGAGAGGCCUGUAAUUUUCAUCAUAGGUACAUGUCAACUAUGACAGACAAAAUGAGGAAAAAAAAUCCAGAAAAUCACAUUGUAGGAUUUUUAAUGAAUUUAUUUGCAAAUUAUGGUGGAAAAUAAGUAUUUGGUCAAUAACAAAAGUUUCUCAAUACUUUGUUAUAUACCCUUUGUUCGCAAUGACACAGGUCAAACGUUUUCUGUAAGUCUUCACAAGGUUUUCACACACUGUUGCUGGUAUUUUGGCCCAUUCCUCCAUGCAGAUCUCCUCUAGAGCAGUGAUGUUUUGGGGCUGUCGCUGGGCAACACGGACUUUCAACUCCCUCCAAAGAUUUUCUAUGGGGUUGAGAUGUGGAGACUGGCUAGGCCACUCCAGGACCUUGAAAUGCUUAUUACGAAGCCACUCCUUCGUUGCCCGGGCGGUGUGUUUGGGAUCAUUGUCAUGCUGAAAGACCCAGCCACGUUUCAUCUUCAAUGCCCUUGCUGAUGGAAGGAGGUUUUCACUCAAAAUCUCAUGAUACAUGGCCCCAUUCAUUCUUUCCUUUACACGGAUCAGUCGUCCUGGUCCCUUUGCAGAAAAACAGCCCCAAAGCAUGAUGUUUCCACCCCCAUGCUUCACAGUAGGUAUGGUGUUCUUUGGAUGCAACUCAGCAUUCUUUGUCCUCCAAACACGACGAGUUGAGUUUUUACCAAAAAGUUAUAUUUUGGUUUCAUCUGACCAUAUGACAUUCUCCCAAUCCUCUUCUGGAUCAUCCAAAUGCACUCUAGCAAACUUCAGACGGGCCUGGACAUUUACUGGCUUAAGCAGGGGGACACAUCUUGCACUGCAUUAUUUGAGUCCCUGGCGGCGUAGUGUGUUACUGAUGGUAGGCUUUGUUACUUUGGUCCCAGCUCUCUGCAGGUCAUUCACUAGGUCCCCCCGUGUGGUUCUGGGAUUUUUGCUCACCGUUCUUGUGAUCAUUUUGACCCCACGGGGUGAGAUCUUGCGUGGAGCCCCAGAUCGAGGGAGAUUAUCAGUGGUCUUGUAUGUCUUCCAUUUCCUAAUAAUUGCUCCCACCGUUGAUUUAUUCAAAUCAAGCUGCUUACCUAUUGCAGAUUCAGUCUUCCCAGCCUGGUGCAGGUCUACAAUUUUGUUUCUGGUGUCCUUUGACAGCUCUUUGGUCUUGGCCAUAGUGGAGUUUGGAGUGUGACUGUUUGAGGUUGUGGACAGUUGUCUUUUAUACUGAUAACAAGUUCAAACAGGUGCCAUUAAUACAGGUAACGAGUGGAGGACAGAGGAGCCUCUUAAAGAAGAAGUUACAGGUCUGUGAGAGCCAGAAAUCUUGCUUGUUUGUAGGUGACCAAAUACUUAUUUUCCACCAUCAUUUGCAAAUAAAUUCAUAAAAAAUCCUAUGACUGUAUUCCUCAAGAUUGUGGAAGCUUUACGACGAAGAAAAUGCUUGAAAAAUCCUAUAGUAAAUAUUGUUUACGUCACUAAAUUCAUUACAAGUACACACAGAAAAUAUGCAAUGCUUGUAACAACAAGGCUAACAUGAGUUAAGAGCUCAUGUUAGAGAACUACACAGUAGAUGCAUUCAAUCAAACUACACUAUUGAAUGCUGCAGAUCCUUUGAGAGAUCAUUGAUUGAAUCAUCAUCACUAACCCCACUAUUCCUCUCCUAAGGGCCGUGGCUCCCAGCACACCUGAAUGGCACAAUAGAGUUGUCUUUAACAGACAUUGAGACUACACAUUGUAAUAGGUUCUAUAAUUAUUUUUGUGGUUUUCUAGGUCAAGACAGCCAGAGAAAUUUGAAACCCCAUGGCCCGGCCAUCACACUGAUAGCCAGGACCAUGAAGUCUCCUGCUGCCAGAAACCCUCUCUUUCCCUUCACUGAUGGCUCAAGACAAGAUACCCCAUCCUCCUCUUCCUCCUCCUCCACCUCCUCCACCUCCUCCUCCUCCUCCUCCUCUUCCUCAUCCCUUCUUCGUAGGGCCAAUAACUCAUCACAGACCUCCGGGACACCAGGGGGUAAAGGAAUCUCUCUCUCUCCCCUUUUCCUCCUCUUCCUCCUUCCUUCCUCCUCUUCCUCCUAAUAUGUAAUCUCCUUGUGGUUUUCUGAAAAUCCCCUCUACCCCCACAAACCCUGUGUAACCAGUGUGCAGUACUUACUCCAAACCCACCACACAUGUUGUCAUAUCUAGGCAGAGAUCGAGAUUAGGCAAAGAUUGCAGAGUUGGUUUGGCUUCAAGUGCCUAAUUUCACCCUGCACAACAUGUGGAGAGCGUGAUUGGUCAUGCUUCGACGUAGCUUGUCACCUCCUGCGGUCAAGAUUUGUCACGGCUGUCCAAUCUAUCCAUUUCUCGAUUCUCGCACCAUCUGAAGAAGUCACUUACACUGCUACUUUUAGAAAGAUCCGUCAGCAUGUCGUAGAUUCUGGUUGCAGCACGGGUCAGCCAUGUUAAGAUAGAGCUUUACACUGUCUUUGGGGAAACACGUGUUGUUCACUUGAGGCUGAAGCGCUUACAGGACUCUCCACUGGUCCAUCACAUACUGUAUAACACAUUCCUUUUCCACGCAAAGUCACAUCUGUUUUUGUCCUGUUUUUUUUUUCCUAUUUAUUUUCCUCCUCACAAGGCCUGUUGGGAGAUUCAUCUCUAAUCAGUUUUUUCCUGAAUAAUUAAGUCUUAACUAACAAUACUAGCCAAUUCAGUGUUGUUGUCCAGUUUCAAUGCAGACUCAUUGGUCCACAGCUUCAGUUUUGUUGUCCAGCUUUAAUGCAGACUCAUUGGUCCACAGGUCAUGAUCAGGAGUUGGACUGAAUGCCCUUUAUUGCACCAUCCACCACAUUAUCAACCACAUUAUCUGCAUUAUCCAUAUCUGCAUGGCAUACACAAUCUGACUGUCAUGGUUACGCUGCACUGCUGAGCCCCAGCAGCAUCUAUGACUGUAUUCCUCAAGAUUGUGGAAGCUUUACGACGAAGAAAAUGCUUGAAAAAUCCUAUAGUAAAUAUUGUUUACGUCACUAAAUUCAUUACAAGUACACACAGAAAAUAUGCAAUGCUUGUAACAACAAGGCUAACAUGAGUUAAGAGCUCAUGUUAGAGAACUACACAGUAGAUGCAUUCAAUCAAACUACACUAUUGAAUGCUGCAGAUCCUUUGAGAGAUCAUUGAUUGAAUCAUCAUCACUAACCCCACUAUUCCUCUCCUAAGGGCCGUGGCUCCCAGCACACCUGAAUGGCACAAUAGAGUUGUCUUUAACAGACAUUGAGACUACACAUUGUAAUAGGUUCUAUAAUUAUUUUUGUGGUUUUCUAGGUCAAGACAGCCAGAGAAAUUUGAAACCCCAUGGCCCGGCCAUCACACUGAUAGCCAGGACCAUGAAGUCUCCUGCUGCCAGAAACCCUCUCUUUCCCUUCACUGAUGGCUCAAGACAAGAAACCCCAUCCUCCUCUUCCUCCUCCUCCUCCUCCACCUCCUCCUCCUCUUCCUCAUCCCUUCUUCGUAGGGCCAAUAACUCAUCACAGACCUCCGGGACACCAGGGGGUAAAGGAAUCUCUCUCUCUCCCCUUUUCCUCCUCUUCCUCCUUCCUUCCUCCUAAUAUGUCAUCCUCUUGUGGUUUUCUGAAAAUCCCCUCUACCCCCACAAACCCUGUGUAACCAGUGUGCAGUACUUACUCCAAACCCACCACACAUGUUGUCAUAUCUAGGCAGAGAUCGAGAUUAGGCAAAGAUUGCAGAGUUGGUUUGGCUUCAAGUGCCUAAUUUCACCCUGCACAACAUGUGGAGAGCGUGAUUGGUCAUGCUUCGACGUAGCUUGUCACCUCCGUCGGUCAAGAUUUGUCACGGCUGUCCAAUCUAUCCAUUCUGACUCGUCACCAUCUGAAGAAGUCACUUACACUGCUACUUUUAGAAAGAUCCGUCAGCAUGUCGUAGAUUCUGGUUGCAGCACGGGUCAGCCAUGUUAAGAUAGAGCUUUACACUGUCUUUGGGGAAACACGUGUUGUUCACUUGAGGCUGAAGCGCUUACAGGACUCUCCACUGGUCCAUCACAUAUGACACCCUCCUUUUCCUAUUUAUUUUCCUCCUCACAAGAUCUGUUGGGAGAUUCAUCUCUAACCUGUUUUUUCCUGAAUAAUUAAGUCUGAGCUAACAAUGCUAGCUGCUUUUUCCAUAACAGUCCUUCUUCUUCUCCACAGCCAAUGGUAAGCAUCACAAAGGACCCGGCCUUCCCAAACCAGUCGUUUGGAACAGACUGAGAAUGGGUAAAAAGAGCUGAUAUUUCUCCUCUGCGUCUCUCAUCCAUUAACCCAUACAGUUUGUUGGUGUUGUGGCAGCAUCAUCAACCCAUGUCGGUGUCCUUCACCCAUUCUUUUUGUUUGUCAAUAAUGUUUCUGUCUCUCCAACCAUCCAUCCAUCUGUCCAUCAGCCCGUCAGUCUGUCUGUCCAUGUGUUGUGUUGCCAUCUGUCCAAGGGUCUUGGUGUUCUUGCCGUUAACGCAAGCUUCUGCAGAUUCAAUGCUGUUGCAGGCUUCAAAAGCUUUUGACAAGGAGUAAUCAAAGGGGUAUUAAGCAAUCACUGCUCUUUUUGGGAAGUAAGACUGUGUUAGUACCCAUUUGGUCUGUGUAAUAUGGUGGUGGGGAAACUCGGUUCAUGUUUUCCAAGCGGAAACUGAAGCAGUUUCAGAGGCCUUCAAAGAUCAGGCUCUUCAGAUGCCGAGCUACUUAACCAAUGCUGUUUCUCUGUCACAAACUGGCAAACUGGAAUAUACGUAAUGCCGUUCAUAAAGCUGAACAAAGUCAAAUCAAUGUAGAGCUGCAGAAACCUAUCUUUUUAGGAGUUCCAACGUUUUUUCCACCACUUUUGGUUGGGGUUCACCCUGUGCAUGAUUGUAUGCAUGUCAGUCCUGUACUGUCCUCAUUGAGCAUGAGCUGUGGUUGGUGUGGUCUAUUAUCAUACUUCAUUGUAUGGUUGUGGUCUGUCUCAUGUUAUGGUCAACUGGCUGUGGUCUGUCUCAUGUUAUGGUCAACUGGUUGUGUCUUUAUUGAUAAUGCAAAACAGUGGAAUAUUCUUUGAAAGAUCUUCAUUGAUAUGUUCAGACACUCCACAUUUCCCCCGAAUACACAAUAGGUUUGGGAAUAGGAAUUAAUCUUAGUACUUUUCCUGCAGCAAACACAAACAACUCGCUGUUGGAGGACAUAAACCCUGGUGUUUCGGGCCGUUCAGGCUUCUUUUCCAUUGAGGACCAGUUCUAUGGUAAAAUGGCAUGAUUCCAGUCUAUCUGCACCCAGCGCAAAGCUAGCCCCGCCCACGCUGACUCACGCUAGCUCCCAUCGCCAUCAUUUCUGCCCAGUCUGCAUGAGUCGGCCAUGUUGGAUGUAAAAAACAUAUUUAUUUUUUUAAGAGUCUUGUUUUGAUCAAAACACUGGUCGGCCAUCACUAAGAAUUCAACCAAAGGCUUCAGUUUAGCCAAGCAUUUGGAAAAUACUUUCCUUUUUUUGGAAAGUUUGCAUCUGCAGGUCGUUAGUUUAUUUUUAAGAACCUUAUUUUGGCGUGUUCCUCACCAAGCUUUGCACUUUCUCUCACCACAUGUUAAGAAAUAAAGUGUUCUAUAAUAGCCUUGCCACCAUGUAAUGAACUUGAUGUUUGGUUUGGAGGGCGGCUCAAAUGUUAUUUUAAUAUAUUUUCCUGGGUAGGUUCCACAUGCUUCUGGCUUGAUUGCAAGUAUUGACUUUAGAAGAACAAUAAGCUUCACAGGCUAGUGCGUCACUGUGGAGGUGCCAGUGUUUAGAGCACUCAUCAUGCAAUCAGGAGAGCACGGCUCUCAUCAGCUUUUUCAUCAGCUACGGGAAUUCAAUAUUUGCUUUUGGUUACGGAUUUGUGCUUGUAUGAACUAGAUUUAGUGGACCAAUAGUUUUGCAUGAGUAGACAGAUCACAGUGCAAAGGCAGAAUAAGUCAGCAGUCGAUAAUGAUUGUGUGUGGUGGCUUGGCACUUUCCAUGCUUUACUGCAUGUACUGUACCCUGUUGAACAUUUGUAAUCUUGAUCUGUGUUGGUUCCAUGUGGCUAGAAAAAUGCAAUGUUUUAAGAUUAUGUAGAACACUGUCAUUGCAGAUAAAUAUCUAUGCUUACUCCGAUUUCAGUAGACUUACAGUUUUAUAAAUGUAUAACAUAUGCUAUUGAGAGAAAGAAAAAAGUUAAGGAAAGCUUUUCUUUUUAAGUAGAACCAUGUUUUCUAGAAACUGUAGAGUUUAAUAAAGCAGUGCUAACUGCAAACUGGCAGUAUUUCAUACAUGUGUAAUUGAUGGAAAGGAAUGGACCCAUAUUGCUUUAUAUUACAAGCUAAAAUGUUUCAGAACUACACCAGCUUUCAUGUACUGGGGGUUUGCAUUUAUCAUAUUUUCUUAUGGAUUGGGAACAAUUCCUUGAUUGUCAAGAAUUUGGCCUCAAUGCAACAGCGCUAAUUGGCAACAGGUUAAGCAUCUAGUUCUGGGUAACUUUCAGAACAUGUGUAAAACCUCAAGGAAUUAUGUAGGAUUGUUCAUGUUUUAAGGUUCAUUGGGCGUAGGAUAUGGGGUUUUCCCAUCCAUUUAUUUAUACAGUCCAUAUAGAGUUCCUCCCAGGCAUAAAUGCCAAAAUAAUUAUGGUCAUCAGUAUGAUGUACACGCUCAGAAAAAAGGUGCUAUCUAGAACCUAAAAGGGUUAUUCGGCUGUCCCCAUAGGAGAACCCUUUUUGGUUCCAGGUAGAACUCUUUUGAGAUCCAUGUAGAACCCCUUUAACCUUUUUGGAACCCUUUUUUCUAAGAGUGUAUGACAGAUGGCGGAUGUCAGAUACGUGAUGAAAUCCUGCUGUAGGAUUUCUCUAGAUAUUGCUGAUUGUGUCAACAAUGGUGAAGGUAUUUGGGUUAUUCUACAAGUGGCGGCGAAAGAGUGUUACAUUGUUUUUCAUUUAAGAUGACCUCUUCAAGGCAAAUAACACCAUCAGAGAGACAAAGAAAUGGUUAUCUCAGACAUUCUAAUGUUUAGUGAUUAUGUGAUUGACUGUUGUUUCCUUUGAUUUCUAUUUUUCAGGAUCUCGUCCAUCCAUUCCUGUCAACAAAAAGACCAACCUGGUUGGCAAACCUGGUGAUAUGGGUAAGGUCUAGUUGGUUUAUAUAUCAUCCACUGCUUGAAAUGUUGGUGUACACACCAGUUUCAAAACUCCAUUAUACACCAGCUAUUAGUGAAAGGGUAUUUUGUCAUCAGAAAGUUUGUCAUUUGGCUGAGCUUAUGUUUACAACCUCGAAAGGCACUUUUCCUCUAAGCAAAUAUAGAAAUAUUUUAGAAAGCCAUGAAAAACAACGUGCUUUGCCAAACUCUCUGUUCUCUACAGACAAGCUGAAUGUUUUGAAGCAAACAGACAAGGCCUCCAUUUUGAAGAAGUUUCCAUCAGUGACGUCUAAACCUGCCAAGCAAGAACGCAGACACACAACAACGACCGCACCAUCAGUCAAUGGUAUGACUGUUCACUGAUCAGAGCUAAAUUACGUCUUAAGAAGAAAACCUACUUUACUGGUGCCCCGUGUGAGGACGAGCCUUACAUUUGUCUUGUGGAGCUCUAAAGCAUCUCCUUGUUUUUUUCUCAUCCUCUCACAGACAUCUGGUUUGAAACCUGGGAGAACUCUUCAUUAUUCAGCUCCUUGCCAGCCUCUGACGUGGACGCAUUGGGAAAGAAACGUUUUGUUGGUAAGUAAAAAUAAAAAUAAACUCCUUGUAACUAUCAUGGACUUCUGUUGUCCCCAGCAGAAAAUACUAAGUUACUAAAUGGUUGUUUUGAACCAGUAGCGCAGGGAUCCAUUAAAUGUGAUAUCUCUCUUCCUUAAGCACCCCAUGUGGUCUACAAGACGGACAAGAAACCAGACGAGCCUUGUUCCAUCACCUCCUCUCUCAACUACUUCCCAGAGGAGGAGGGCGGGCAGACAAACGUGACCGCCCCGCCCAAGUCUCCGCCCUCCAACCUCACCGUGGUAACGGUGGAGGGAUGCCCCUCCUUCAUCAUUCUAGACUGGGAGAAGACUGACAACGACACCACAGGUGGGGAGAGUGGGACACUGUACCCGUCUAUGUGCUCCAACUACAAUGCAAAUGCAUAGCUACAUACAUUGCAAAGUGUGACUCUGAAUACCUGGAUACUUGGUGAAUUCUUGAAUUGAACAGUGAUUUCCUGGUUGUCUUGUAGAAUAUGAGGUCAUCUCCACGACGAAGGGACCAGAUGGUACUCAGGUCUCCAUCCUGACCACCAACCAGACUCACACUGCAGUGGAGAACCUCAAACCAGAGAGCAGGUAUAUAACACAUCAUCUUUGUGUCUCAGAUUGAUACAACACAUUGUAUUCACUCUGGCUAUGCUCUCUCUCUGUCCUCAGAUGGUAGCUUUUUUCAGUGCUUUGAAAAAGUAUGAGAAUGCAUGCACUCGCUACUGUAAGUCACUUUGGAUAAGAGCAUCUGCUAAAUGACUAAAAUGUAAAUGUUUGUGAAACUUAAACUUUCUGAAAGGCUUUCGUUCAUGGAAAUAAUACAGCAUUUGAAUUAUUAAUUGUAUUAUUACUACUUUUGUCAGAAGGAUUAGCUAGCUAGCUACGUCUGGUUAAGAUCAGGACCUGCACUUCUCUCUGGUGUAGUUGGAGAAGGAAGGUGAGCAGAGGAGGGCCGCUAUGCUCCCUAGGUUUUUAAUGAAGCCUGAAUAUGGGACUAUUUGACAUUAAAGAAGUGAUAGAAUAUAAACCAGGGCUUCCUGUGAGCUGAGGCCGCUGAGGCUGCUGGCACGUGGUGGACCAAUCGCUGUGUCUGAACAUCUCAUAUGGAGGAGACAUUAGUGGAAGGGACUCUCUGGCUCUCCUGGCUCUCUGGACUGCACUGUCUGGAGAAGAGAUAGAUAGGGAGGCAAUACUAGAGCCUCAUUUGUCCUUGCUGUAACACAAGGCUGAACAAGAAUACACCACGUUUCCAUCAAGAUACAGUGUCCACUUUAAAUGCUGUGAGGAUAAGAGGAAAAUCUGAUUCUGUGGAAAUGAUUGCUUGCAAUUGGAAAUGGAGCGGAAAUUAGAAUCUGGAGCGAGUCGGUUAGAUGAUCGCUGUGAGACCUUCUGAUAGUGACACUUCCUGCUCUUACCUCACAGCUACGAGUUCAAAGUGAAACCCAAGAACGAGCUUGGAGCGGGGCCACCCAGUGAGCCUGUGUCCUUCAACACCGAAUCAGGUACAGUAUGGGCCAAAGAAACUUCCUAGCCCAGCACUAACACACCUCAUUAAACGACACAAGAACUUGGUAAUUGGUUGUUUUGUUGAAUCGCUGACUUACACCAUUACCUAUUCAGGAGCCAGUUAAAAGCUCAAGAGCCACAUCUGGCCUUUGGCAUGGGCCAUUUGUUGACUAGGUCAGGCAUUUGGUGUUAAACAAACAAAUAAGCAUCCACUAACAUAUGCACGUACAAACGUACUAACACACAGCCUCGUCUGCCAGCUCCAGUCAUGUCUGGCGAUCCACCACUUACCGGUGUAGGGGUCUGUAAUUAACUAGCUGUUAUUAACCUAAUGAUUUCAGCAUGGCCCCUCUAUUUCCAUAACAUUGGCUGCUGCCUCUCCAUGUAAAGUGCCUCCAACCCCUGGGGUGCUGUCCGGCUGCCAGCUCUCCCUCAUCCUGCAUAGCAGCUCACAGCACACUCAACCAAACUCACUGAUACAACAGUGUAUCAUAAAUACAUGGCGAGUAGCGAAUCAGGUCAUUUUUGUGUUACUGGAAGGACCUCACCGCUGGGCCUCAUUGGCCCACAAAGGCUUACCCUCUAUGUGAAAGAUGAUGAGGAGUUUGAAAGCAGAUGAUUUGCCCUCGGGGCCUCCUGGAGCCUCACACUACCGUACCACACUGGCUCUCCAGUGCCAAAGACUCAGGAUCAAGUCGACUAAAUUACUUGCCGUAGAUUUUGUAUGGCUUUGCUACAGGGCGUGUGGUUUUGUGGUCUUUUAUUUUGGAGAAUCACCAACUUGUUAUAAAAAAAUUCAUUUCGGAACCAUUUGUACAGUCUAUUCUGAGAAGAAGACAUUUGAAAGCACUUACUAACUCACAUCUCUCUCUGCCUCUUUCCCUCCAUCCCUCCAUCCCUCCGUCCUGCAGCGGACCCACGUGUGAGUGAGAAUGUCUCAGGUAAGCCCCCCAGUCUGCUCUACGGUCUGUCCUGAGCACCGGUCCCAGGUGACAUGUCCCACCAGGCUGAAUGAAUGGAUGAUCUAAUGCCUGGCACAGGGAGAGUCUGUGGAGACUCAGGCCACAGUGCCCCAGUGUAGCAGUACACUGCUCUCCAUCCAAUAUCUAUGAGCUCACUUCUUCCACACCCAACUCACAGCCAGACCAAACAUUUACACAGCUAAAUGAAUGGAGAGAUUUUUAUUUUCCCUUUCAUUUCAUCAGUAGUAAAAGGCUGUGAUGCACUAAAAAGACAACUUUGAUUGGGAAUGCAUAUAUACAUUUAGGAUUCUACACAGCUCUAUUUUCUUAAUUGUUAUCUUUGUUUCAUGCUUCAUGCCUUUGAUAUUCCACGUUCUAAUAUUCUGUUAACUCUUUCCUGUAGGAAAAGAUGCCAUCUGGACCCAGUUCCCCUUCAAGACAGACUCGUACUCGGAUUGCAAUGGCAAGCAGUACGUGAAGAGGACCUGGUACCGCAAGUUUGUGGGCAUUCAGCUCUGCAACUCCCUCCGAUACAAGAUCUAUCUGAGUGAUUCUCUCAACGGUCAGUUCUGCUUCCGGCACUCAAUGUCUAUAGUACAGUACAGUACAGAACAGUACUGUUGCUCAGUUUAAAUUGCCAUCCCCUUUGACAACUUUUAUCCCUAAUAACUUUACAGGUAAAUUUUACAACAUUGGGGACCAGACUGGCCAUGGUGAGGACCACUGUCAGUUUGUAGACUCGUUCCUCGAUGGAAGGACAGGAAACCAAGUCAUGGCUGACCAGCUGCCAGCAAGAGAAGGUACAGGCUACAUCAACGACAGAUCUAUCAUUGAAUUGUUGAAAUGCGAACCUGUUAAGAAUAUGCUUAAUAUCCAUGCUUGAAAACAACUACAUUUUCACAAUGUCUAAAAUGACUCAAAGUUCAGCCCCUCACUUCAUUUUGUCUGUCACAUACAGGGUAUUACAGGGCUAUGAGACAAGAGCCUGUCAACUUUGGUCAGAUAGGACGGAACUCUCACGUCACCUACGUGUCAUGGUACGAGUGUGGAACGCCCAUUCCUGGCAAA